AUGGGUGACGGGGAGAUGGCCUGUUUCGGAGAGGCUGCCCAGUUUCUCCGUAAAUCUGAUAAAGAACGAUUGGAAGCCCAGAAUAGGCCAUUUGAUGCCAAGAACACCUGCUUCGUAGAUGACCAAAAAGAGUUGUACGUGAAAGGUCUAGUCACAGCUCGUGAAGAUGGCAAAAUCACUGUGAAAACUGAUGAUGGAAGGGUAAAUAUAAAAUUCUAUUACUUAUCAUACCAGCUGUUAAUUACGGUUAAUUGUGACCUUAACUGAAAUAUGCCUCUCUUCUUCUAGACUGUAACUGUUAAAGACAGCCAAGUUUAUCCUCAAAAUCCCCCCAAGUAUGACAAAAUUGAAGACAUGGCCAUGAUGACCCAUUUGAAUGAAGCCUCUGUGUUGUAUAACCUCAAAGAACGUUAUGCAGCAUGGAUGAUCUACGUAAGUUGGGGCUCUUUCUCCAUAGAAAGACCAGAUAAACAGUUUAAGUAAAAAGUGUGCACCUCCCCUACUUAAACUAUUUAAGGAAAAUAAUAAAACAAGAGUGACAUAGAACAACUUUAUAUACCAUUUCUUGUGUAUAAGAAAAUCCAUGCCUGGAGUUAGAAAUGUGCCUCCUAAAUGUUCCCCUUACAAUAUAUUAAAAUAAUUAAUCAGCUUUUUAGUAAAAUAUUUACUGACACUUUAUUGUGGAAACAUUCUAACUCUUUACUUGUCCCCUUUACAUAUAAAUUGACGCUAUUUGUUUUGUUGGCCGUUUAGACCUACUCUGGCCUUUUCUGCGUCACUGUGAAUCCCUACAAGUGGCUCCCAGUGUACAACCCUGAGGUGGUUGCUGGUUACAGAGGGAAGAAACGUAUGGAAGCCCCACCUCACAUCUUCUCCAUCUCUGAUAACGCUUAUCAGUUCAUGCUAACAGGUGCCUGGCCAUUUCUUCUGUGUAACAGUCUUAAUUUAUCAACACGUAAUACUAUGAAUGUUCUAUUAAUCCACAUCUCCUGUUUGCAGAUCGUGUCAAUCAGUCUGUCCUGAUUACGUAAGUACUUUGUCAGUAUAUUGUCAUUGUAUCUUUCAAGUUCUAGUCAUUUCUUCAGCUUUUCUAGACGUUCUAUAUUUUAAUCUUCUUUAUCCAUAGUGGAGAAUCUGGUGCCGGAAAGACUGUGAACACAAAACGUGUCAUCCAGUAUUUUGCAACAAUUGCGGCUAUUGGAGAGAAAGGCAAACAAAAGGAGCCAGCUAACAGCUUGAAGGUAAUACAGCUAUUGGGAUUAUUAAUACAUAGUUAAAGAACCGAAAGGCUCAAAGCAUAUCUAAUCUGCUAUACAUUACUCUCUGUCCACUGGUGUCAUGUUAUUGAGAAGUCACUUUCUUGUUAGACAUAUAUUCAUAUAUAAUUAGGUUAAAAACAAGUACAAAACCCUCUGUUAAUCUUCAUUAACAAAUAUUCUGCUGAUCCAGAACAAGAUGCAGAACAUUUUUACUGUAGAUUUAGUACAUCUAUGCAUAAUGCUAUGUGUGGCGAAACCAACCUCGCCACUGUGAACUGGAGAAGCCUGGUUGCUCGCCUGCUCCCUUUGGACUAUGGCCCUGCAGGUUAAACUGUUUAUUUCCCCUGCAGAAAGGCUUAUUUGGGUGAUCUGAGUGCCAUUCAUCUAAUAAUGUGCACUCAGAUCCCAGCUAUCUGGGGAUAUGUGAAAUGUCUGUGUGUUAUGUGUAAAUGUGACUUUAUGUAUUUUAAAGUGUUUUGUGUCUUUUGCAACCAUGUGCUUAAUGGAGUCUUGUGUCUGUCCUGGGAGAUAAUUGAAUUACUUAUCUCCAGGAUAGAAGACUCUGAAACUGGUUUGGGCCAGAAAGCCAUGCUUCAUUUAGUCACAAAGGACUUUCCCUUAACUUUUGAACCCCUGGUCUGAUUCGUGCCAUUUUUUAAUAUGUUGUUCCCCUGAAUGGAUUGAUUGUGAAUAUGUAAUUUUAUGUGAAUGUGAUAUAUGGUUUUAGAGUUAUGAAAGUUGGGUAGAAAGUAUGUUUUAACUGUAUGUGUAAUUGAGUUUCCUCUCAGGAUAAGGGGAGGGAAUAUGUGGGAUGUAACUGAUAUGUGAUUGGUUGUUUUGUAACGCCCUGUGGGCUGUACUAUGUUUGUGGAUUGGGAAUAAAAGAGGCUGUAUGUGACAGUACAGAGAGUUCCUGUUUUAACCCUCAAAGUGAAGUGUCGUCUCAUUAUUGGGGAAGGAUUUAUUGUAUGCUGUUCCAGUUUGACUGCUAGGAGAGUAAACCUAUUCGUAUGGUUCCUAUUCAACUGUCUACAGCAUUCAUAUGCUUGAGAGCAUUCAUAUGCUCCUACGGUUUGGUGGUUUUGGUGUCUGCUGCAGUGCUUGGAGUCCUCAGGAAGUGCUAGGAGCAUCCUUCAACGGAGGUGCCCAGUCGGGGUGCCAGGCGAUCCGUUACACUAUGUUUCUAUCUCCAUGUGUAGGAUAAGAGAUUAAUGUCCAAAUUAUGAAUUUCAUCCAAUUAACUAAUUUUACUCCUGUAUGACAGGGCACUCUGGAAGAUCAAAUCAUUGAGGCUAACCCUCUGCUGGAAGCUUUCGGUAAUGCCAAGACCGUGAGAAAUGACAACUCCUCUCGUUUUGUAAGUUUUUGUUAGGCAAUAGACAUUUUCAUGUUACCAUCUGUAUGUUUCCCCAUUUUGUUACCAAGUUUACUAAACACUCACUGUGGUAUUUAGGGUAAAUUCAUCAGAAUUCAUUUCGGCACCACCGGAAAACUGUCCUCAGCUGAUAUUGAAACAUGUAAGGAAUAUAUUGCAAAUUAAUUUAUCUUUAACUAUUUAUAAAUGGGAUAUAUCAUAUUUCUUAUAUUGGCUUUUAUUUGAACAGAUUUGCUAGAGAAAUCCAGAGUUACCUUCCAGCUGUCUGCUGAAAGAAGCUACCAUAUCUUCUAUCAGAUCAUGACAAACAAGAAACCAGAAAUUGUUGGUAAUUAAACAAAAAAAUUUAAUUCUCCAAAUUCAUAAUUUUAUAACAUGACAGGAGGCUUCAUAUUUGCUUUAGUCUCUCUUUACUAGAACUCCACAGCAGCACAGAAAAACAACCAAUCAGAAAAAGGUUAGGUUCUAUAAAACUCCCCUCCCCAUACAUCAUUUCCUCUUUCUUUGCUGCUCCACAUCAGUACAGGUCUGAGUACCACUGCCUCCUGCUUUUAGUGGGUGGCUGUGGGAUUUUAUUGUUUAUUUACAGUAUUCUGUAAUUGGUUUAUUUGGGGAUUUACUGUUUUCUGUAUGUUUUUAUGCUUUCCCCUGAUUACUUCAUUAGAUAUAUUGUGUGUGGAUUUGUGGGGGAGGGAGGGAGGGAGGUCUUUGUGGGCCUUCUGUUGCUUGCCUAUCCCUUGGGAUUUCCCCCUAUUUAUUUCCCCUGUCUAAAUUCCCCUCCUGUCUUUAUUUCUUAUCUGCCCUUUUUUUUUUUUUUGGGCUGUGUUGUAUAUCGCUUGGGGGUUUCAAGAGGCUGACUGUUGGGCUGCAUCCUCCGAUCCCCCCGAGCUCCGGGACUGCAAAGUACGUCUCCAGCGGUCCCGUGUGAUUUUUACUGGUCUCUGGGAUACUCACGAUCUAACACAUAUACCCGAUGGACGGAUCCAUCUCCCACGUGGCCGCCUUGCCGCGGCCGGCUCCUUCAGCGGACCGAGUGCGUCCGACCAGGUGGAGGAGGGUGCACUUGCUCGUGCCCCUCCAACCUCCCCCGUCUGUGGAGGUCUGACUACGCAGUUUUUUCCCCCCCGCUGGGAGUCAGGCUCUACUCCAAGAAUUCUGGACUUAGUGGCAGCCUGAGAGGGCUCUCUCAGCCUGCAUCUGGGUUUCUGUCUACUGGACACCAUAGGUUUCCUUCCAGUGUUGCUCUCUGACACCCUCCCUAAUGUUUUGGAGUGCUUGAUGCAUGCUAUAUAGACUGGGUUGCACUGGGAUCUCUACAGCUUGCAUAUACCUGUAGUUGGUUGCUGGGCAUUAGGGGACUGCCAGCUGUUUAAAGUUUUAUACUCACAUUAUUACACUGCCAAGAAGGCUUUUGUGUAUUGGGGUUGUUGUCACCAAGAUGCCCUAAGGAUUUGUAAAUAUAUAUGGGGACUCUACUCACACACAUUGGUCCCUUGCUGCUGUCUUAAUACAUUGGCCUGCUCUGUCUUUGCCCCUUUGAUUGGCCUGCUCUGACUGUGCCCUAUUGAUAGGCCGACUUUUGUCUGUGCCAAGAGCCCCCUUUUGGCCGCAGGCCUGGGGGAAUAUUACUGGGGAGAGCCUCCGUACCCCCUAUAGACACAAAGAUAUGUGUGUCCAUAUAAGCACUGCUACCAUGCUAUCUGGGGUGACACCUGCCAUCUGUCUCUAGGGUCUCGCUACGGUUAAGACAACAACCGCUAUGGACGCCCCUACCCAGGAAAGCCUACAGGCAAUGAUUAAUGCAGCUGUGGCCGCCUCUGUUGAAAAAGCGGUGUUACGAGCCCUCCCACUGGUGCCUCAAGAUAGGGGCACAACAGAGACUCCGCUCGCGCAAGUAGAGUCAGACUCUGACUCACCAGAAAGAGGCCAGACGCGUGCACUUAAGCGUUAUUGGAAGGGUGAAGGCCCUGAGCCUUGUGCCCUGAAGGGCAAGGACCCGCAAAACUUCACCAGCCCGGCAGAGGCAUAUCUCAGAGAAGAGUUUUCUUAUGAAAAACAUACAGUGACCAGUGCUCAGACACCAACGGGGGAGCACAGGAAUUUUUUGGCCUUUAGCUGCUAAUCCUUUAUCUGCAAAUCCUGUACUCUUUUUUAUAUCUAGGUAGUUAUAUCUACGUCAUGUAUAGUUCUUGGUUAUAUAUGUUGGGUUUACCUGUUUUUUGCUUUUCCUGUUCAUUAUAUUGCCUUCCCUCUGAGGUACAUAUUUUUACUUUAUCUGAACUUUUUAAUUUUAGUCCUGUCGUUUCUUUAUUUCGUGUCCUCCGGUUUUUCUUCUCGCUCGGGACGUUGAGAGGCCUGACUUGGCCUCCUCCGACUUCCCAGGCUCUUGUGAAUCGCGGAAAACGUCUCCAGCAUUUCCUCAGCCUAUCUGUGGCCAUCGUGGAUUCCGCGCACUUGCGCAGGAUCCCAGCUUCCAUUUGUAGGUUCCAUAUUUUUUUCUAGCUAUUGCAGUUUCUCAGCCUGACUCCAUUAUUAGACUCAUGGGCAUGGCCCUAGGCUGAAUUGUUACUCCGACUACUAUCAGUAUUGUUUAUUCCCAGUUUGAGUCCACCUCUCAUAUGACUGAUACUGAGAGUGAUUUCAGUAUCAGGCUAAUAUUAUUAAGGGGUGAGCCCCUCGCAUAUAGUCAGUCUGAGAUGAGCCCGAGGCGUAUGAUAAUUUACAUGAUUAGAGGGUGACCCCCUCUCAUAUACUGAACCUGACACUACUUUUAUUAUUAAAGGGCACGACCCUCCCAUAACAUCAGCCCGAUGCCGAUAUUGAUGCCAAUUGCAUGAUUUGAGGGUGACCCACUCUCAUAUAAGGAGCCAGACACUGAUAUAGGCACUGAUUUUAUUAUUAGCGGGUACGGCCCUCUCAUACUAUCAGCCUGAUGCUGAUACGGAUACCGAUUUACAUUAUUAGAGAGUGCGGCUCUCUCAUAUGCUCAACCCGCUUCUGAGCUCCCCUCGUGCACAGCCCAAUAUGACUACUUAUACUAUUCCCAUCAGUUUACCGGUUGCGUUGCAGUUUAUUACAGUACUGGAUUCUGUUUCCUUUCUUGGAGGGCGAACCCGUCUCUUGACACUACUCGACAUGGUUAUUUCUCCUACUACCGUCGACCUUUGUUCAUCUUACAGGCUUAUGCCAGUACAGGGCACCAAUGUCUUCUUAGAGGGGCGUCCCUCCUACAUUCAUCUCAAUAUGGAGGUCUGUGCCACAUACCGUGUUUUGACGCUGAUGCUACAGCUCUUGCAAUAAGGGCUAUGGCUACCUCACCAGAAUGUCUAGGAAGCACUGCUUCAUAGCGACUGGGUAAGAGGAGAGAACCCCUCCAUUAGAUCUAACGACUGGGCUACUAAUUAUUUUCUUUAUAUAGAUGCUACCUGAUUGGGCAUGGUAUUGCCUGUUUAAACUGGCUUUCACUGUUACAACUCCUAUAAUUUGUCUGCUGGAUCUGUGACACUGUAUCCCGGGAUAUACUCAUUGAGGUAUUACUGGGGGAGAUCCCCCCACCUUAUUUACACGUUUCCCUGAUGCCUUAUUGGACAGGGUAUGGGCUGUUUUGAACUGGUCCAUCUGCUGUCACUUUUCGCAAUUGGAAGGUCCAUUUGGAGAUUGCUCUAGUUAUCUCCCGGAAUAGGUACCAGUGAAACAAACAUCGUUGGAUUUGUUGGCUGAGCGUUAAAACAGCAAAUACGAGGCCUCCUGUCAUGUUAUAAAAUUGUAGAUUAUUCUAGCUUUAGUGUACCUAUAAUCUUAAUUUUAUUAAUGACAGAAGGCAAAUAUUUCCCUCCCAUUCUUAUCUCUCCCUUGUAUAACUUUAAUAGUUUGGGUUAAUCAGGUACGUAUGCAACUCUGCUUGUUGUCUCUGCUACCUGUCACUUGUGCUUGUGUCCAUUUCCAAAGUAACAGUUGGGAGCUCUGUACAUUAUGGUAUUUCUGGUUGUUACACUGGGUGCCUGCAUGUUUUGUUCAGAGUACAUUUCAUUGGCUAACCAACCUUUGCAAUUCUGUUUUUUCUCGUCUCAGUUUACAGUCAGUCAAUGCUAUCUGGUUGUCAGUUCUUCUCGGAUGGUGGACGUCGUUGUAUUCAUUGUAUCUAGGACUAGUUUUUCUCCAUUAUUUUUUCUAUUUUUUUGUCGCAGCUUGAAAGAGGAAAUUAUGUGUAGGGAGGGGAAUUUUAUAGUACCUUACUUUUUUCUGAUUGAUGUUAAUGUGCUGCUGUGGAGUUCUAGUAAAGAAAGACUUAAGCAAAUAUUCGCCUCCUAUCAUUAAUAAAAUUAAGAUUUUAGGUACACUAAAGCUAGCAUAAUCUACAAUUAUAUUGACAGGAUAUAACUGAGAUGAAAAGGUAUAAAUCAGACAUUUAAGACUAUUACUUCCAUGUGUAAUGUUUUAUUUUUACCAAUAUAUCUUUUUCUCUAGAAACACUUCUGGUCACAACCAACCCAUACGACUUUCCUUCCAUCAGCCAGGGUGAGAUUGUUGUGAAGAGUAUUGAUGAUGAAGAGGAAUUGUUGGCCACUGAUGUAAGUGCUGAAGUUAUGAAGAAGAGCAUCAACAUUGCAACUUCUGUUCUGAAUACUGGUUUUUAAUUUCAAACUUCCUUUCUCAUCCUACAGAAUGCCAUUGAUGUCCUGGGUUUCACCGCAGAAGAAAAGAUUGGUAUCUACAAACUUACAGGAGCUGUCAUGCACCAUGGCAACCUGAAGUUCAAGCAAAAGCAGAGAGAGGAGCAGGCUGAGCCCGACGGCACUGAAGGUUUGUCUUAGUGUUCAAUGAAAAAAUCUCAGUACAACUGCUACGCAUAUAAAUUAGAAACCUAAUCUCUGCUUAACAUGGAUAAAACUUGUGUCCAAUAUCAGAGGCGGCUCUCUAAUUAGGCUAUUUAGGCGGCCGGCUAAGGUCUUGCAGUGACUGGGGCCUCGCGGCUGCAUAAAUUGCCUUGGGGCAGACUAAUGUGUGAGGACCGACACUAGGAGAGGCUCCGGCGGCUUGCCCUGUAUGACGCCGGGUGCGGGGCCCACUACGCGCAGUCUGCCCAUGGCAGAGAGCCAGCCUACACUAUGUAGCUCUGCCGGGUGCAGAGCUGCAAGACCGUGAAAUGUCUCCCAAUCUCCGCCAAUCAGAGCGUUGCCACGGGUUACCAUGGCAAUGCUCUGACUGGAGCUCACGAGAUACUUAACACAUGGUCUGCUGCUCUGCACACGGCGGAGCUGCAGACCGGAGAGACAGCCCAUCGGACCACCACGGAGAGCUGCCACAGACCAGCAGGGAGCCAUCACCCGCAAAAAAAGGUAUUUAAAGGUGUCACACCCCCUCCUCCACACCACUGUCACCCCCCAAUAUGUGGGGAAAAAAUUUGACUGUUUUGUUAUCUGUAACAUUUGACAAUUUUUUUUUUUUUUUACUAUGGUUGUUAGUGGGGGCCUCUUGCUUGAGUUUCGCUUAAGGCCUCUCAAAGUCUAGAGCCUCCUCUGUCCAAUAUAUGCAUGCAAUUAUUUCUCUUUUUAACCUGUAGUUGCUGAUAAAAUCGCAUAUUUGAUGGGUUUGAACUCUGCCGAUUUGCUGAAAGCUCUGUGCUACCCAAGAGUAAAGGUCGGCAAUGAAUAUGUCACCAAAGGACAGACUGUCGCACAGGUAAUUAUGUCUCCCGUGUUCUGUCGAUUAUUGUUAAGGUGUCUGCAGUUCUGUGCAGAGGCUCACGCUAUGUCUGUUCCAUUCAGUGUAACAACGCAGUUGGUGCCCUGUGCAAGUCAGUGUAUGAAAAGCUGUUCUUGUGGAUGGUCAUACGUAUCAACCAACAGUUGGACACUAAGCAACCAAGACAGUUCUUCAUUGGUGUGUUGGAUAUCGCUGGUUUUGAAAUCUUUGAUGUAAGUGAACAUUUAUUUAAAACUUUGUCAACUAUAUUUUUAUAACUUAAAACCAAGUACAUUUUAUUUAACCCCCUUUUAUCGUCUACAGUUCAACAGCUUGGAGCAGCUCUGCAUCAACUUCACCAAUGAGAAGCUGCAGCAGUUCUUCAACCACCACAUGUUCGUCCUGGAACAGGAAGAAUACAAGAAGGAAGGCAUUGAUUGGGAGUUCAUUGACUUUGGUAUGGAUCUGGCUGCCUGCAUUGAACUCAUUGAGAAGGUGGGUUCCAAAAAUGAAUCCAGGGAAGUUGUGCUGUGGAAACACAGGUUAACAAUGUAUGAAAUUCUCACUGAUAUGUACAUUUUCAGCCCAUGGGCAUCUUCUCAAUCCUUGAAGAGGAGUGCAUGUUCCCCAAGGCCACUGACACAUCCUUCAAGAACAAACUGUAUGAACAGCAUCUUGGCAAGUGCAAGAACUUUGAGAAGCCCAAGCCUGCCAAAGGAAAGGCUGAAGCUCACUUCUCUCUGGUCCACUAUGCUGGUACUGUGGACUACAAUAUCAGUGGCUGGCUGGACAAGAACAAGGACCCACUGAACGAUUCUGUUGUUCAGCUUUACCAGAAGUCUUCAAUGAAACUGUUGUCCUUACUCUACUCCAGCUAUGCAGCUACUGAUGGUGGGUUUGAAAAAUGUAUCAUGCAAUAUUAGUGACUGCUUCCACAUUAUCGUGUAUUAGUUUAACACAUAGCUCCCAUUAUCCUUAAAUAACAGAUGGUGCAAAGAGUGGAAAGAAGAAGAAGGGUGGCUCCUUCCAGACUGUGUCUGCUUUGUUCAGGGUAUGUACAUUUUAUAUUGUUUACUUUACACAAAUCUGGACAUUUAUAAGUAUUCUUUUUCGUAACAAAUGUAGGUUUACUUCUACCCCAGUCUAAGCAUCAGACGUCACACUGAAUUACAUAUUUUCUAUAUCUGUUUCAGGAAAAUCUGAACAAGCUGAUGAGCACCUUGAGAAGCACUCACCCACACUUUGUGCGUUGUUUGAUUCCUAAUGAGUCCAAAACUCCUGGUAAAUUUCUAUUCUGAAUAUAUUUAUUUAAUAAGUUACAUAACUGAAAAGAGACUUGCGUCCGUCAAGUUCAGCCUUCCUCACAUUUGUUUUUUGCUUUUGAUCCAAAAGAAGGCAAAAAAAAAAAAAACAGUUUGAAGCACCUCCAAUUUUGCAAAAAACUAGGAAAAAAAAUUCCUUCUAGACCCCAGAAUGGCAGUCAGAUUAAUCCUUGGAUCAAGCAGCUAUUACCCUACAUUGAAAAAUUAUAUCCUUGAAUAUUCUGUUUUUGCAAGUAUGCAUCUAGUUGCUGUUUGAACAUCUGUAUGGACUCUGCUAAAACCACUUCUUCAGGCAGAGAAUUCCACAUUCUUAUUGUUUUUACAGUAAAAAACAAAAACCUUUUCUUUGCCUUAGACGAAAUCUUCUUUCUUCCAGUCUAAACAAUAAGGAAACAGUGUAUUUCACUGUUGGGAUGUUGUCCACUUUAAACCAUGAUCAAUUUUUCACUCCAUCAGGUAUCAUGGAAAACCAUCUGAUCAUCCACCAGUUGAGAUGUAACGGUGUGUUGGAGGGUAUCAGAAUUUGCAGGAAAGGAUUCCCCAGCAGAAUUAUCUAUGCUGACUUCAAACAACGGUAUAUUUUAUGUAUUACUUUAAAUAAAUUGAUAGAUUAAAUGAAUAAGUAUUUGUUUUACACGUAUGUGCGAAAAAACAAACAUUGUUUUUAUAAAAUUAUACAUUUGCCCUGAAUUUAAACCCCAAAUUGUUUUUUAACUUUUAUGAAGUUACAAAGUGUUGAAUGCCAGCGUUAUUCCAGACGGGCAGUUUGUUGACAGCAAGAAGGCUUCUGAGAAACUUCUGGGCUCCAUUGAUGUUGAUCACACUCAGUACAAAUUUGGCCACACCAAGGUAUGAAGACACUGGAACAUUACAUAAUAACUUAUACAUAUUGAUGUUUUAGAGAAUACUAUAAUUGUUUUCUCUCCUAUGCAGGUGUUCUUCAAAGCUGGUCUUCUGGGUACCCUGGAAGAGAUGAGAGAUGAAAAGUUGGCACAACUUAUUACUCGCACUCAAGCUCUUUGCAGAGGUUUCUUGAUGAGAACCGAGUUCAAGAAGAUGAUUGAGAGACGGUAACAUUUAUGUAAUAUUCUCAUAAAAGUGUUAAUGAAGAACUUUGUGUUAGAAUAAAUACUUAUUUUCUGUAAAUCAUUUACACAGGGAAGCAAUCUACAUCAUCCAGUACAAUCUCAGGUCAUUCAUGAAUGUCAAACACUGGCCUUGGAUGAAACUGUACUUCAAGAUCAAACCUCUCCUGCAGAGUGCUGAGACUGAGAAAGAGAUGGCAAACAUGAAGGAAGAGUUUGAGAAGACCAAGGAAGCCUUGGCAAAGUCAGAAGCCAAGAAGAAAGAACUAGAAGAGAAAAUGGUUUCCCUACUUCAGGAGAAGAAUGAUUUGCUCCUGCAAGUUCAGUCGGUAAGAACAUGCAAAUGUAAACAGAGUAUAUCUAAACAAAGUCAACUGAAAAUAUUUUAAAAAUACAUUAUAUUUACAAUACAGGAAGGUGAGACUCUGGCUGAUGCAGAGGAAAGAUGUGAAAGCCUCAUCAAGAACAAAAUCCAACUGGAAUCUAAAAUCAAGGAGAUCACAGAGAGACUUGAAGAUGAAGAGGAAAGUAAUGCUGAACUUACAGCUAAGAAGAGGAAACUGGAGGAUGAAUGCUCUGAGCUGAAGAAAGAUAUUGAUGAUUUGGAGCUUACAUUGGCCAAAGUAGAAAAGGAAAAACAUGCUACAGAAAACAAGGUGCGAAGACUAAUGAGGAUAACCCUUUUGUUACCUAAUGCUUAAAGAUUGCAUUAUGUAUUUUGAAUCACAAUUUCUGCUUUACGUUUAGGUUAAAAACCUCACUGAGGAACUUGCAGCCCUUGAUGAGAAUGUGUCCAAAGUUAGCAAGGAGAAGAAAGCCCUUCAAGAGGCUCACCAACAAACACUUGAUGAUCUGCAAGCUGAAGAGGACAAAGUCAACAGUUUGACAAAAGCCAAGACUAAGCUAGAACAGCAAGUAGAUGACGUAAGUAUGUGUAGAAAUGGUACUUGCAUCAUGAUGUUCUUAAAAUUGUCUCGCUAUAGUCUUGUACCCAUUGUAAUAUAACAUGAUUUCUCUCUCUUUAUAGCUUGAAGGAUCUCUAGAACAAGAAAAGAAACUCCGUCUUGACCUGGAGAGAGCCAAGAGGAAGCUUGAGGGUGAUCUGAAGCUGUCCCAGGAAACAGUCAUGGAUCUUGAAAAUGACAAACAACAAACUGAUGAAAAACUCAAGAAGUUUGUCUUUAUUGCUAAUGUUUGUUUUUCUUUUCUGUCAAGACCUAUUUGUCUAGAGUUGUUUAACAAAAGCUAUAUCAUUUUCUGCUAACACACAGGAAGGACUUUGAAAUUAGCCAGCUUCAAUCAAAGAUAGAAGAUGAGCAAUCCUUGGGAUCUCAGUUGCAGAAGAAGAUCAAGGAACUUCAGGUAUGUUUGUGCAAGUCAGUUUCGUAAUGUUAUGAGCUACAUUGUGUUUUCCCUACAACAUUUACUUCUGGUGUUCUAGGCUCGUAUUGAAGAACUUGAGGAGGAAAUUGAAGCAGAACGUGCAGCUCGUGCCAAGGUUGAGAAACAGAGAGCUGAUCUCUCCAGAGAGCUUGAAGAGAUCAGUGAGAGACUUGAAGAGGCCGGAGGUGCUACCUCUGCUCAAAUUGAGCUGAACAAGAAGCGUGAAGCUGAGUUCCAGAAACUGAGACGUGACUUGGAGGAAGCUACCCUUCAGAAUGAAGCUACUUCCUCUUCUCUGCGCAAGAAGCAUGCUGACAGUGUUGCUGAACUUGGGGAACAAAUUGAUAACCUACAACGUGUUAAGCAGAAGCUGGAGAAAGAGAAGAGUGAGCUGAAAAUGGAGAUUGAUGAUCUUGCCAGCAAUCUUGAGAAUGUCUCUAAAUCAAAGGUAAGAACAUUUAGUUCAGUUAGUCAGGAACACUUUUUUUUUAUUGAUCUAUAAUUGUGUGAGCUAAAAUAUUAGUAAUUAUCCUUCUAGGCCAACCUUGAAAAAGUUAAUCGUGUGCUUGAAGACCAACUCAGUGAAGUGAAGGCAAAGGAUGAUGAACAUCAACGUCUUCUCAAUGACCUAACUACCCAAAGGGCUCGCUUCCAAACUGAGAAUGGUAUGUAGAAAAAUAAAUGGAAGGAUAUUGAAUCAUUUUGAAGCAAACCAAACCUAAAUGAGUUGAUCCAAGGGAAUUGCGAAAUAUAAACCAACAUAGCUGACAUGGAAACAUGUCUUAAUCCAACAAUAUUUUGACAGCUUGGCUAUUUGAACCUGAACUUUUCCAUAGGCUUUCAUUUCAGCUCAACUCACAUUUUUCAAGGAAUAAAAAAAUAUUUACCACAAACAUAUGUAAAAGGAUGGUGUUAUAACUCUAUAAUGCACACAGGUGAUGUAUAUGAAUAUGAGAAAAAAAUAACAACCUGACAAUCAGGAUAAUACAAAUACAGCCAGGUGAUAACAUCUAAAAGAAAGAGGGAAUGUAUAUAGUGAAGUAAGAUAGGUGAAAGGAUCAGAGGGGGCAGGGAGGUAGAAAACUCACAAGCUGGACAAGGGUAGAAGGCUUCUCUCCCACAUAUGGUUAUAUUCCAAGAGGCUGAUAUCUUCACUUUUCAGCUCCUCAGAUAUGUAUGGAAAAAUAAGAAAUAACAAAUAGUGCAAUGCUAUAAAUAAAAAGAAGAUUUUAAUUUAAAGUUUCACUUACAAGCAUAAAAGAAAGAUAGGCUCAUCGCCACUCCAAGUUGACCACAGGAGCACCUCCCAAUUUAGUACUCUUCUUAAGAAAAUAAGAUGCAAGUAGCAAUAAAAUAAUAAAAUCAAUAAUACAGCAUUAAAAAAAAGUCCAAAGAGUAGCAGAAAUCCAACACGUUUCAUCCAAAAGAACUUCCCCAGGAACGUGCAGUUCUCCAUCUUUGUCCAAGUUUAAAUAGGGGCUUAAUGAAGAUUCACGGCUGAAUCCAAUAUGCAUUCCACUGUGGAGCAAUAUCCUGAUAUCCAGUUUCCCAGUACGGCGUACGUUCCACUGUGGAACGCAUAUCCUGAAUUUUUUUCUAGUUCCUCUUGCUAAGCCAUUAUGAUACUUCUGCCUGACAAUAUGAAUGUAGAAUCGGUGCCCACACACAAAAUCAGUGUCGCUCCAAAAACAUACCCACCAGAAACAAGUGUCCAUCCAAACGAUUCCUAAAGGCUAAAAGUAUCUAUAUGUACAAGAAAGGAAUCUCUAUGGUGGGAUGUUUAUAAGAAUAGGGAAAAAAAACAAAAAAAAACACAAAAUAAUGAAAAAUAUUAGAAUCAACUAAAUAUAAACUAGAAAAAGGCUAAGUGAUAACAUACAAUAUAACAAAAAAAUUACAAAAUAAAAAAUAAAUAUAUGUACACACAAAAAAAGGAAAUUUUAAGAAAAAUUACACAUAUACACAUACAUGUGUAUAUCCUAAAUAUUGUUUUGAUCUCUCUUUAUACAGGAUAUUUUACAAAGGUCAACGAAAAUAGAAGAUAGAAUUUAAAUGAAAAAAGAAGAUUUCAAAGUUUAUAUAAUUUGUACCUUUACAAAACUAACAAACCGCAGGUUACUUAGAAACAUAACAUUUGUUAAUACCAGAAACCUCUGAAGUUCUCUUUUUUUGUAAAUUCAAUGAAUAAGUUUCACAGGCAGAAUCAAUAAAUGGUGUACAUGGGUAUAAGUAAUUGCCUGAUGUAACACUACACAUAGCAAAACUAGAAAAAAAAGACAGGAAGGAGAAAAUGAAGAUAAGUAGAGGACAAAAGUCGAGAAAUUGGCUAAAGAAGACGAGGGGAAGCUAUAAAUCAUAUAUUUUAGUAGAAAAAAGUUUUGUAGGUAUCAUGAAAUGCAGCAGUUAUUUUAUUAAUUCCCUAGUUGAUUUUGCAGAUAAAUGUGGACAUACUGGAGUGUUUACUAUCUGGCAACAGUUCAGCUAUGGCUCUUUCACUUGCCAAUGCAAUUUUAGCUGCCCAUUUAUUUUUGGCUUUUGGGAGUGGGUCCUGAGGUUUAGAGAGGAGUAAAGACCAAGGACCAUGAAAAAAGAGUUUAGACAGAACAUGAGAGAUAAUACAGCGGAUCAAAAAGGCUGAGGGUAUGUGCCCUGCUUGCCACAACCAAUCCAACAGAGAUCAGUAAGUUUUUAAUGCAUUUUAAUAAGUCUGUUGUAGUGAGGUCAGCGUGGUAAAGUUUUGUAAGCCUGUUGCGGGUGUGCAAUGCAUAUAGUUAAGGAAACUGUAUUUCCCAAAUAUCAAAACCUUCGAAACUCAAAAGAACUACCUUGAAAUUUCCACCAGAAACUGUUUUAACUAAGACAAAUAUGGGUUUUGAAGGUGAGAAGGUCAACCUGUUUCAAAGUAGGUAGCCAGGGCUUCCUAUUGUCAAGUCACAUUAAAUAGUUAUUUAGUUCAGUACAUUGCUACAUACAACAUGCUUAAUGAUGUUUGCAAAGCUUUGCAUUAAUUUUUGGUUCACUCUAGGUGAGCUCGCUCGCCAGCUUGAAGAGAGGGAAUCUCUGGUUUCACAGCUCUCAAGAGGAAAGCAAGGCUUCACACAACAAGUGGAGGAACUCAAGAGACAACUUGAGGAGGAAUCAAAGGUAAAGCAAGGACUUCUUAAUAUGAAUGUAUUCCAAAUUCUUGAUUAUUUCUGGAGGGCAUCAGAUCAACAGUCUAUAAAGAUGUCACCUGAUAUGUAACAUUAAUUUUCAAACCUUCCCUUCUGUCAUUUCAUUGAAUACAUAUUUCCCCACUUUUUCAGGCUAAGAAUGCCCUGGCUCACGCACUCCAAUCAUCCCGUCAUGACAAUGACUUGCUCCGUGAGCAAUAUGAGGAGGAACAAGAAUCCAAGGCUGAGCUUCAGCGCUCUUUGUCCAAAUCAAAUGGUGAAGUUGCUCAAUGGAGGACCAAAUAUGAAACUGAUGCCAUUCAGCGCACAGAGGAACUGGAAGAGGCCAAGUAUGUUUCCACUAAAUAAACACAAUAUAAAUAAUGUUAUAGUGCUUUGAAUAAGGUCCUUAAAUUCUACCAUCAAUGUACGUACAGAAAGAAGCUUGCCCAGCGCUUGCAGGAUGCUGAGGAACAAGUAGAGGCUGUGAACUCUAAAUGUGCCUCCCUGGAAAAGACCAAGCAGAGGCUACAAUCUGAGGUGGAGGACCUGAUGGUGGAUGUUGAGAGAGCCAACAGUGCAGCAGCUGCUCUAGACAAGAAGCAGAGGAACUUCGACAAGGUAGAUAUUGAAAACAAAUUUCCUAACCACAAAAAAAAAAAGAAAUCUACAAUAUCAACACAUUAUCAUUCUGUAUUAAUAUAAUAGGUCCUGGUAGAAUGGAAACAGAAAUACGAAGAGGGUCAAGCUGAGCUGGAGGCUGCUCAGAAAGAAUCCCGUGGCCUGAGCACCGAUAUCUUCAAGCUGAAGAAUGCUUAUGAAGAGGCCUUGGAACAAGUUGAGACCUUGAAACGUGAAAACAAGAACUUGCAACGUAGGUUUAUCUAUAUUACAUUGGUUACAGGAUACAUUGCUAACUUCACAAUAAUUCUUCAACUUAAUUUAAGCAUAUUUUCUAGUAUUCGCAUUAGUAUAGUCAUGCAGAUGGCAACUAAACAACACAUACACAAAACGUGGAACUGUGGUAAGGACCAUUUCUGCAAAUGACUGAACUAUGUUGACAUUAUAACAUUUUAUGUAUGAAAUGGGACCUUUAUGUCUCAUAGUCUCCUAAAUCUCUUUCUAUUGUAUUUUCCUCCUUCUGUAGUACUUAUUCCACAACAGAUCCCAAUUUCCCAUAUAUUAAUACUGCUGAAUUUCUGCAGAACUUACAAUAAACUUAAAUACCAGUCACUGUGGAGCAAAAUCUAAAUAAAUAUUUGAUCAUUACUUUUCUAGAGGAGAUCUCAGAUCUCACUGAACAGAUCGGUGAAACUGGUAAAUCCAUUAAUGAACUGGAGAAGGCUAAGAAGCAAGUUGAGCAGGAAAAGAGUGACCUACAGGCUGCCCUGGAGGAAGCAGAGGUAUGUGCCUGAAAUAAAUUAAUAAAAUAUCUGCAACCAAUAGUGCCAUGUGAAGGGAUACUUUUAAACAACCAAUGAUACAUAUAUAUUUCUAAUAGGGAUCUUUGGAACAUGAAGAAGCCAAGAUCCUCCGUGUUCAGCUGGAAUUAAACCAGAUAAAAUCUGAGGUGGACAGGAAAAUUGCAGAGAAGGAUGAAGAGAUUGAACAGCUGAAGAGGAACUCCCAGAGAGCUGUUGAUACCCUGCAAAGCACACUGGACUCUGAAAUCAGAAGCAGGAAUGAUGCCCUGAGACUAAAGAAGAAGAUGGAAGGAGACUUGAAUGAACUUGAAAUCCAGCUCAGCCAUGCGAACCGCCAGGCUGCAGAGGCACAGAAGCAGCUCCGCAAUGUGCAGGCCCAAUUUAAGGUAUUUCAGGAGUACCAUGCAGAAAAAUAUUUAUAUUUAUUAUUUUUACACUAAUGUUAGAGCCAUUGGUUCUUAAAAUGUGUUGUAUAGAAUAUUGUCCAUUAUAGGCAAGAGCUUGAACACAUAUUUUGCCAUUUCUUUAAAAGGAUACCCAGCUUCACCUGGAUGAUGCAGUAAGAGGACAGGAAGAUCUGAAGGAACAGGUGGCCGUGAUUGAACGCAGAACCAACCUGCUGCAGGCUGAACUUGAAGAGAACAGGUCUGCUCUGGAGCAGACAGAGAGAUCUCGUAAGGCUGCAGAACAAGAGCUCCUGGAUGCAAGUGAACGCGUCCAGCUUCUGCACUCACAGGUAAAAUAAAUACAAUGGAAACAAAUUAAAUGUGCAUUGACAGAAUGUGCCUAAUUAGAUGGAAUAAUUAACAUACUAUAUUCUUCUCCACUUCAGAACACCAGCCUCAUCAACACCAAGAAGAAGCUUGAGUCUGACAUUGCUCAACUCCAGAGCGAAGCUGAGGAAGCUGUCCAAGAAUCAAGAAAUGCUGAGGAGAAAGCCAAGAAGGCUAUCACCGAUGUAUGUUUGUCCUACGUUUUCACAUUAUGAGCAGAUUGUUUCUUUGAUUUUUUUUGAGGGGUGGGGUUUGUUGUUAUUCACGGUCUUCUUGAAUUUUUUCCAAAGGCUGCUCUUAUGGCAGAGGAACUGAAGAAGGAGCAGGACACCAGCUCUCACUUAGAGAGAAUGAAAAAGAACCUUGAGCAAUCCGUGAAGGAUCUGCAGCAUCGUCUGGAUGAAGCUGAGCAGCUAGCACUGAAAGGUGGCAAGAAGCAACUUCAGAAGCUUGAGUCCAGAGUACGUACACAUCACUGGGUUGUGGUGAAUGAGGUUGCAUUUUAAAGUUGCAAAAUAAUAAUCUGUACUCUGCUGAUGUGAUCUCCAGGUUCGAGAACUAGAGAACGAACUGGAUAAUGAACAGAAGCGUGGAGUUGAGGCAAUUAAAGGUGUGCGCAAAUAUGAGAGGAGAGUGAAGGAGCUAUCUUACCAGGUAAAGAAUUAUUCUUCUGUGUAUUAAAAUGACAUAUUGAUAUAUUACUUUAAAAACAAUAAUACUUACAAAAAAUAAUGCCAUGAUCUCUAGUAAACUCCGUAAAACUGUUUUUCUUCCUUUAGACUGAAGAAGACAGGAAAAAUGUCCUGAGAUUGCAGGAUCUGGUGGACAAACUGCAGCUGAAAGUAAAGGCCUACAAGAGACAAGCUGAGGAAUCUGUAAGUAUAAACCCAGUGAAUUCUUGUUUGUAGUCAGCCAAAGUCUAAUUAGAAUACCCUGUUUCCCCUAAGUAGUUGUCAUCUUUUUGUGUAUAUGUAUAAAUACCAGAGUAUCAUUGCAUAAUGCAAUAUUUUGUUAUUUUGGCUAUAUAUAUAUAUACACACAUACACCAGAAUAUUUAUAUACACUUUAAUUAUUCUUCAUUCAUUCUUGUGUCUCAGGAGGAACAAGCCAACGCUCACUUGGGUCGGUUCAGGAAGGUCCAGCAUGAGCUAGAGGAAGCCGAGGAGAGAGCAGACAUUGCUGAGUCUCAAGUGAACAAGCUCAGAGCUAAGAGCCGUGAUGUUGGCAAGGUAUAACAAAAUUCUACAAUUUUUCUAUCAUGUUCAGUCUACGUUUAGUUAUUGUUUUUCACUCUAAAUUCCCUUAGAGAAGUAGUAUUCUCUAUCACGCUUUCAAAUUUGAUAGAUUUAUUUGAUAGAAACCUAACCUCAACAUCUGAGGAAAGGGAUUUAGGGGUGAUUAUUUCUGAUGACUUAAAGGUAGGCAGACACAGUGUAAUAGAGCAGCAGGAAAUGCUAGCAGAAUGCUUGGUUGUAUAUGGAGAGGUGUUAGCAGUAAAAAGAUGGAAGUGCUCAUGCCAUUGUACAGAACACUGGUGAGACCUCACUUGGAGUAUUGUACACAGUACUGGAGACUGUAUAUUCAGAAGGAUAUUGAAGGAAUUCAGAGAAGGGCUUCUAAACUGGUUCAUGGAUUGCAGGAUAAAACUUACCAAGAAAGUUUAAAGGAACUUAACAUGUAUAGCUUGGAGGAAAGACGAGACAGGGGGGAUAUGAUAGAAACAUUUAAAUACAUAAAGGGAAUCAACACAGUAAAGGAGGAGACUAUAUUUAAAAGAAGAAAAACUACCACAACAAGAGGACAGAGUCUUAAAUUAGAGGGACAAAGGUUUAAAAAUAAUAUCAGGAAGUAUUACUUUACCGAGAGGGUAGUGGAUGCAUGGAAUAGCCUUCCAGCUGAGUGGUAGAGGUUAACACAGUGUAAAGGAGUUUAAGCAUGCGUGGGAUAGGCAUAAGGCUAUCCUAACUAUAAGAUAAGGCUAGGGACUAAUGAAAGUAUUUAGAAAAUUGGGCAGACUAGAUGGGCCAAAUGGUUCUGCCGUCACAUUCUAUGUUUCUAUGUUUCUAAUAAAGGGUGACACAACCUUGCAUUAUAGCUGCAGAUGGUUUAAUUUAAUUUAAUCUUUAUCUCAUUCGUCUUACAGAAAGAAGGGCAGGAGUGAAGAAGUUUGAAUGACUGAAGAGGGAGAAACUUGCAAAAUGUGAAUUUCUUUCUUCUUUCUUUUCUUUUAGCACCCCUAUUUUACCCUAAAUAAAUUAUAUAUUUGCAUAUUUAAAUACAUUUUCAUGUUACUUGUUAGAGGAAGCUGAGGGAACAUCCUAUAAGGAAAGGAGGAGCAAACAUGGGUGGUAGAAUUGAGGUAGCAAAAUUUUGAAACUAUCUGCUUUUGCAGAAAGAAAUCAGAGUGCAGAUCUGGAUCAGGAGAAAGAAGGAAUGGAAAGGAAAAUUAUAGUGCCUGGUAGGAAUUAAAGUCCUAAUAAGCAAACCUGCAAAAAGGACAAGGUUCAGCUUCUAAGCCCUGAAGACCAAGCAAAAGCACUUCUGUAAGAGUUGCCAGCCUAGGUACACCCCUUACCGACUAGGAGUCUGACCCAACUCUCUCCCGCGGUCCACUGCAUACAUAAGGCCUAGCCACGGUUCAGCCUCUUAUCCCUCAAGGCCCAGCAAAUGCCAGCUUGGGUACGUCCUUCAGCGGCCAGGGGUCUGACCCAUCUGUCUCCCUCACGGGAAAAAAGUCGUCCACUGGAUACGUGAGGCCAAGCCGGGGCUAGGCCUUUUUUUCCCUGAAGACCCAGUAAACUGCACUUCCAUAAGGUGACUACCUGGGUAUGCCUAUUUUAUGUAUACCACCAUAUUCGGGGUCUGUUUUAAAAAUGUCUCCCACCGGUGAUGACAAAUUGCAUAUGGUGUACAGAACCAAUUACAUUAUUUGUCAAACCCAUGCACACAAUGAGUCCAACCUCUUUCAGUACAAAAACAUAAGCAAAUCACAACAGUCCUGGUACAUUAUCCAUCAUGAAGGGGUUAAGGAUGAAAAGAAAAAAAACAAUACAGGUCAUAGAUCUACAGAGUAAUUGAAUGCGUUCCACAGCUAUACCUUAGCCAGGAACACCUAUGAUUGUGCGCUCGCCCUAGAAGAAAAUCGAAGUACUCCUAUGAACCACCUAUUUUAGAAGCAAUUUACCACUGAUAAACAUACAAUGGUUGAACACCCAGGGGUUAAAGUAUAAGAGCAAUAAGUUUACUCCAGCAAGAAAGAGUCUUCUCUUCUGGGUGCAAGACUUAAACACCAGAAUUUCUAAUCCUUAAUCCUGUUUGAACAAGACAUGCUAGAGUGGUCAAGAAAUAAAAGGUUCCAUAAUAUGUGGUGAUGCAUAUUGUACGGUACACAAGAGGUAGAAGGAACAGCAUACAACCGCCAAGAAUAGAAUCAAAGUGCACAUAUAUCCAAGUAAUGCAUAAUAAAAUACCGUAGCAAGAGAGAUUUUGAACAAUUAGAAAAUAUUCUCUCUUAAUGCAAAAUGAUAAAAUGCCCCAAAUCACAAAGUCCAUAGAAAUAAAAAUAUGAAUAUCAAUACACACAGAGCAUAGUGUGAUAUUAAUUACAUAUGUGUUUCAGGUAUAGCAAAGAAGACACUACAAGCUUAUAGUAUGAGGAACCAUGUUAGGCUAUAGAUGUACAUCCAGGUGAGAGGUAAACAGGAAACCGGAAGUAUAAGGCAAUACAGUUCCACCAUAAGCAAACAGCAUAACUCCAAACAUUUCCCUUUAUUUACAAUCAAUCCAAACGUUGCAACAAUUAACCUAGAACAGAUACUGAACAGUUUUAAUCAUAACAUAUUAUGCUACUGGUAAGUGCGCUACAGAUUGAGCCUAUCUGGUGGUCUUCAGACUCUACUACUACACAAGGUGUGUGUCCCGGGUGCACUGAUUGUGCUGUUUACAUCACAAUUCAGUUAUUAUUUUUCUCUCUUUUUUUAUUCUUUUCUUUCGGUUUUAGUACUUUAGCAGAACAUCUUGGGACAAGAUGGCAGGUUUCCUGUCCAAUAGGAAUACUAAUUAGUGGUGCAUAGAUGCCGACACAGUAUUCUCUGAUCAAGAACUAAGAAAUGUCACUCAAAACACGGACAUUGCCUCCUCCUUUAAUACUCUUACGAAAUUAUUCAGAAAACAAAUUAGAGCAGGUUAACAGGAGGCCUCUCUUAAAAAUUAUCUUUAAAAAGACCUCAUCCCCAGGGGAUUGAGAGUCCAGAAUAUCCUUGCAUCACAAAUAGGAGAACACGAACUUACAAAAGAAUGGGAGGAAGUGGUAGCGCGAUGUUCAAAAAGAUUUAUAGAGAUAUUGUGUAAAUAUGAGAAAAUAGAUUUAAAAAAUGUAAAUAAGGACAUUGAUGAUCAUAUAGACAGUAGAUUUGAGGCAUUGGAAAUUAAACUUAAAAACAAUCUUGACAAAUCUCAAAAUAGCAUCAAUAUAUGUAAACAUAAUAGGUUCCUAAGGGACAUCUAGGACUUUAAGUUGGGUAAUGUGUAUGAAACAAAUUAAUAGGGACUGUAGGGUAGACUCUGAUUAUGUAUCUACCUCAGAAUAUGAGAGUAGUGGAUCAGAGUCAGGAACAAACAAAAAAACGCUCCCUCUACUUCUACUGAUAUGAAUCCUAAAAGUAUCUUCAAAAAAGGGGUAUCUUUUUUAGCGAGAAGAAACAUGGACAAUCCUACCCCUCCAUGGACACAGAGCCAAUCAAGACUCCAGUACGACACAGGAUAUUUUAACCUCCUAGAACUUUCAGGUACUCAAUCUCCCCCAACAUUUACUUUUCCCAUGAGAACUACAGCUACUGCAUAGAGGCUUGUUCUUCAUCUCAGUACCAGAAUUUGAUUCGUUCUGCUGGACGAAGAACAUCCAUCUCUUUGUUAGGAAAUUAGCCCAUAAAUUAAAGGAGAAAAAAAACAAAAAACUUAAUCCUAUAGAACAAUGACCGGGCCCUUUUGGAUACAUUGGUUGACUUACUGACUACCAAGGAAAGAUUGGGAAAACAACCAAACUCCACUUAACACACUUAGAAAGAAAAAUGAACUGGUUCAUGAGGACUGAAAUGCAUCCCUAUUUGAUGAGCAAAUCAGGUGCAUAGGAACCUUUGAUGCAGGGUGGUACAUGGUAAAGGAUAUUAAAGAGAUAUUAUGGCCCGUAGUGCAUCAGGACAAACAUCUACAUCCAGUCCUAACCCUAAGGUGUCAAUUACUGACAGAAGUGGCAGAAAUCUUAGACAUCUUGGUCCCUAGCCACAAAAAUAGAAAAAAAUAUGGGCAGCACAAACAAUUUCCAAUGUGCACACCAAGUGCUACAAAAAGAUUUAUUUACAAGGACAUAUAAUGCAAGUGUUUCGGGUUAUUCCUUUUAUCAAUGGAUGGUCCCUAGCCAUCUAUCAUCCCUAAAAUCUACCAAUAAUUGACUUAGAUCCCCUGCGAUAGGCACAUAUCAAUGUGGAAAAUGCAAAGCAUGUAAAUUCAUCCUCAGUCAAAAGCAUUUACAAAUUCAGACGACAGUGAAUCGAUUACCACCAAGUCCUUUUUCAACUGUACAACCUGAUUAGGAUAUCUCCUUAUGUGUAGCUGUUCCAUGAAAUACGUGGGCAAGACGAUUCGCCCUUCAAACAAAGGAUCUUGGAACUUGUCAAUUCAGCAAAAUCUUCACGUAACAUAGACACAACGAUCGCUAGACACCGGAAAUCUUGCCACAGGGGAUCAUUGGAUAAUAGCCAUUUUUCAGGCAUUGACAGUGUCGCCUUGGGCCCAAGAAAGGAUAACCUGGACAGGAAACUAUGCCAGAGAGAGAGCUAUUGGAUCUUCAAAUUGAAAACUCUGUCACCAAAUGGUCUCAAUUAAGGAUUUUCAUUUACCCCAUUCAUUACAGAAUAAUUCCUUUAAUCGCUCUAUAAUAGAUGUGUUUUAAUACAUAGGAUGAAACAUGUUUAUUAUUAUUCAUAAUUUCUGUUUAAAUUUGAACCAAAGAAUAAUUAUUUUCAUUUUUCCCUCCUCCCCCUCCUUUUUGCAAUCAUUUAGACACACUAAUGUGUUUGUUUGCAGGGAUUUUGGAUUUCCCUGGGUCAAGAGUUUAGGCAAUCUAUCCCUUUGCCUACUUUUUUUUCCCUGGUCUUACACUAUUCACUUUUCACUGUAGGUAUAAAUUUACACAACUGCCAGAAUUGGAAUUAUUCAUCCUUUUGGAUAAGAUAGCAAUUAGAACCCUUUUUGGGUUUAACGAUAAUUCUAGCCACAAGUAUUGAGGGAUAUUAUUGAUACAGUUUAAGGGGCUGUGUCCAUCUAUUCAUACCUAAUUGUUAAUCGUGGAUAGUCGUAGGGGAACGAAGAACGAGCUCGCCAUCAUUUUUAGGAACUAGGUGGCAUACGUACUCCUGUAGUAUGUCACCGCAGACGUCUGAUUACUCCUCAGGGAGGCACUACAAAAGGGGGCACAGUUGAAGGGGCAAAAAAAAUGCCCAUAGUGAGGUAACCUUUAGACCAGGAGAGGAAGAGCUUAGUGGGCGGUGAUCGAUGAGAGGAGGAGUCUCAAGCCGAUCGUCAGGCCCCCAAUAGAAAUGAUUGAUGUCCACAAGAUAAGACACAGUACUUUUAUGGGGGUCUCAUUCAGUAGUACCCUCGUCCCUGACUAAGGUGCAUCUCUACAAGCACCAAAAUGCACGUUUGGCUAGUUGGGCUAAGGCUGGUUUAGUGAGCACAAACUGGCAGUACAUAGUGUACUUUGGGAUCAAUGUAAGCCCGUAAAUAUUAUUUUGGGCUGAUCUCAAUCACAAAAGAGCCAGUUGGAUUACAAAUUACCUAAACCUGUAGCAUAGUUAAUUUAAUGAGAGUUGGGAGGUAUUUUCACAGUAAAUGUCAUACUAUUAACAGGAUAGUGCAGGGGUAGGCAACCUACGGCACUAUUGCCAUGCACGGCACUCGAGGUGCCUUUGCACGGCACUCAAGGCUGCUAGAGCCAAACAGGCUCUGGCCUAUCAGGAGUCCCAGUAAAACUUCAGAUAUCUGCUAAUACGAAUAGAUGGUGAAGGACAAUCCUCAAUUUAUGCAUUGCAGCACGUAGAGGAAGUGAUCUCAGAGCACUUCAUUCCAGCACUUGUGAAUGGGAAUCCACACAGUAGUAGAGCAGCUCGCAGUUGUUGUUGCAGCUCCGGUCCUUGAUCUGUAUCUGGCCAACAUGGUCCCCACUGGAACCCAGGGAAGCCACCCACACUGCUAGAUAUACACAGAAAUGCAGAAAGACCCUCCCCUCAUACAAAUAAUACGGACAGCCCACAUACAAACAUACACACAAUCCGCACAAACUGAACACCAUUGACAAUCCACAUACACGCACACAACCCCACAUGCAGCCUCUCACAUGCAAUACCCCAAACAGCCCACACACACUACCAAACACAUAAUGUGACAUGUCCAUCCACACACACAAUUCCACAAGCAGCCCUCAAACAGCCCACAUUCAUAUGUAUUAUACACGAUACCACAAUCUACUCAUGAACAUAUUGUGGCGAAACCAACCUCGCCACUGUGAACUGGAGAAGCCUGGUUGCUCGCCUGCUCCCUUUGGACUAUGGCCCUGCAGGUUAAACUGUUUAUUUCCCCUGCAGAAAGGCUUAUUUGUGUGAUCUGAGUGCCAUUCAUCUAAUAAUGUGCACUCAGAUCCCAGCUAUCUGGGGAUAUGUGAAAUGUCUGUGUGUUAUGUGUAAAUGUGACUUUAUGUAUUUUAAAGUGUUUUGUGUCUUUUUGCAACCAUGUGCUUAAUGGAGUCUUGUGUCUGUCCUGGGAGAUAAUUGAAUUACUUAUCUCCAGGAUAGAAGACUCUGAAACUGGUUUGGGCCAGAAAGCCAUGCUUCAUUUAGUCACAAAGGACUUUUUACUAACUUUUGAACCCCUUGUCUGAUUUGUGCCAUUUUUGAAUAUGUUGUUCCCCUGAAUGGAUUGAUUGUGAAUAUGUAAUUUUAUGUGAAUGUGAUGUAUGGUUUUGGAGUUAUGAAAGUUGGGUAGAAAGUAUGUUUUAACUGUAUGUAUAAUUGAGUUUCCUCUCAGGAUAAGGGGAGGGAAUAUGUGGGAUGUAACUGUGAUGUGAUUGGUUGUUUUGUAACGCCCUGUGGGCUGUACUAUGUUUGUGGAUUGGGAAUAAAAGAGACUGUAUGUGACAGUACAGAGAGUUCCUGUUUUAACCCUCAAAGUGAAGUGUCGUCUCAUUAUUGGGGAAAGGAUUUAUUGUAUGCUGUUCCAGUUUGACUGCUAGGAGAGUAAACCUAUUCGUAUGGUUCCUAUUCAACUGUCUACAGCAUUCAUAUGCUUGAGAGGAUUCAUAUGCUUCUCCGGUUCGGUGGUUGUGGUGUCUGCUGCAGUGCUUGGAGUCCUCAGGAAGCGCUAGGAGCAUCCUUUAACGGAGGUACCCAGUCGGGGUGCCAGGUGAUCCGUUACAUUGGUGGCAAGCGGUGGGAUGGCGUCCUAGUGCGAGGUAAAGCAGCUCAGAGACACAGUUCGUUUGGAUUUACAAAUUGAGGGCAACGCUAGCACACGUGCAGCGACCCUGGGAGCAGAGGUAUCCAGCGACUUGGAGCAGACAAGUAUGGAAGGCUCUGGCGAUGAUUGGAUGGCCGAGGUGAGGCAGCGAGUGGCCCAGUAUGGGGAUGAUUUACCCAUGGAGGUACGCCGGGUGAUCUGGAACCAGGUCACGGCCGAGCGAAACACAAGGCUGGCCCGAGAAUUCCGGCUGGCGAAAGAGAGAGAGUAUGCUCAGCGGAAGGAGUGUUACAGCAGCCGAGUAGAGGCUGCAUCCGAGGAGGCUAGCCGUCUCCCCCUGAGGCAGCCGCAGGAACCCGAAGUAGGGGUCCUCAUAGACUGGUCCUGUGAGGAACCACAACAGGCAUGUGGAGAUGGGACCGCCCCAGAUCCCCAGCAGCAGCCGGAGUUGCCAGGUGCGGAAGCAGGUGGUCCUUACUCGCAAAUGUUGAGGGACCUCACAGACUGGUCCUGGGCAGACCCACAGAUGGCAGGUGGAGAUGGGACGGCGGUCUCUCAACCGGCCCUACAGGGAUGCUGGGCGGUCGGCCCAGAUCUCCAGCGGCAGUAUGUACCACAGGGAGCUGAAGGUGCAGUCCUUCCUCCCCAGCGGCAGUGUGCACCCCAGGGAGCUGAAGGUGCAGUCCUUCCUCCCCAGCGGCAGUGUGUACCCCAGGGAGCUGAAGGUGCGGUCCUUCCUCCCCAGCGGCAGUGUGUACCCCAGGGAGCUGAAGGUGCCGUCCUUCCUCCCCAGCGGCAGAGUGUCCUGCAGGGAGCUGAAGGUGCCGUCCUUCCUCCCCAGCGGCAGAGUGUCCUGCAGGGAGCAGAGACUGUCAGUCUCGCACCCCAACCACAGGACAAAAUAAUGAAAGGGGAGACAGCUGGUCCCCCUCUCCACCAGCAGAGAGAGUGUCAGGGAGAGGAGCCUGAUACCCCUUCUCCCCAGCGGCAGUUUACAGUUCAGAGAGAGGAGCUUGUUACACCCUCUCUCCAGCGGCAGCCUAACCCAGCAAGGGGAGAUGUUACACCCCCCAACAGUGCAGAUGGGACUGUAGUCUCUGCACUUACAGCACAAGGGGUAGGGACAGUCGGUCCUGUUCCCCAGCCACAGAGCGGUGUAUCCAGAGGGGAGACAGUUGGUCUCUCCCUCCCACAACCAGGCUCCCACCAGGCUACUUCCGUGGUAGCACUGGCAUCAGGGCAGAGUACCGCUGGUCUCUGCCCACUCAGCAACCCACCAAGGCAGCCUAACAGUUGCCCACACAGUCGUGGUGAGGCACCUGGACAUGGACAAAGUUCUCCUCUACCCAGGUGUAGUAACCAGUUAUUGUGGGUGGGCUGUACUGCUGUUUCUGUUUUGUGGGUGGGUUGCUGGACUAACCAGGGCACUGACCGGCAGGAGGUCAGAUACCCUGUUAGUCUAGUUGGUAAAGGGGAGAAGUGUGGCGAAACCAACCUCGCCACUGUGAACUGGAGAAGCCUGGUUGCUCGCCUGCUCCCUUUGGACUAUGGCCCUGCAGGUUAAACUGUUUAUUUCCCCUGCAGAAAGGCUUAUUUGUGUGAUCUGAGUGCCAUUCAUCUAAUAAUGUGCACUCAGAUCCCAGCUAUCUGGGGAUAUGUGAAAUGUCUGUGUGUUAUGUGUAAAAUGUGACUUUAUGUAUUUUAAAGUGUUUUGUGUCUUUUUGCAACCAUGUGCUUAAUGGAGUCUUGUGUCUGUCCUGGGAGAUAAUUGAAUUACUUAUCUCCAGGAUAGAAGACUCUGAAACUGGUUUGGGCCAGAAAGCCAUGCUUCAUUUAGUCACAAAGGACUUUUUACUAACUUUUGAACCCCUUGUCUGAUUUGUGCCAUUUUUGAAUAUGUUGUUCCCCUGAAUGGAUUGAUUGUGAAUAUGUAAUUUUAUGUGAAUGUGAUGUAUGGUUUUGGAGUUAUGAAAGUUGGGUAGAAAGUAUGUUUUAACUGUAUGUAUAAUUGAGUUUCCUCUCAGGAUAAGGGGAGGGAAUAUGUGGGAUGUAACUGUGAUGUGAUUGGUUGUUUUGUAACGCCCUGUGGGCUGUACUAUGUUUGUGGAUUGGGAAUAAAAGAGACUGUAUGUGACAGUACAGGGAGUUCCUGUUUUAACCCUCAAAGUGAAGUGUCGUCUCAUUAUUGGGGGAAGGAUUUAUUGUAUGCUGUUCCAGUUUGACUGCUAGGAGAGUAAACCUAUUCGUAUGGUUCCUAUUCAACUGUCUACAGCAUUCAUAUGCUUGAGAGCAUUCAUAUGCUCCUACGGUUCGGUGGUUUUGGUGUCUGCUGCAGUGCUUGGAGUCCUCAGGAAGUUUAGGAGCAUCCUUCAACGGAGGUACCAGACGGGUGCCAGGCCAUCCGCUACACAUAUACAAUAUAAUAGCUCGUAUACGCACAAAUACAACGAUACAAAGCAAUUACAGUGUAAAUAACACAAGCAGAAUACGGCAGCAUACACACUUCAAUUUAAAAAAAUAAAUAAAAAAUAGGACCGGCACGCUACAGGACAUCACAAUCCUAUAUCGGCACAGUGCUGCUAAAAGGUUGCCUACCCCUGGGAUAGUGUAUCACUGUUUAGCACAUUGAUUUCUCUCUGUCUCUGUAUGAUAGACUUAGAAACUUUCUCUGAAUAUCGCUUGAUUUACAAUAGAUGGGUGAAGAGAUUAAUAAUACUAAUUUAGUGUAUUAGAUGUAAGCUAUCCAAAUAUUGAAUCCAGGUAUUUGGCUCAUGAAUUGUGGAGACCAUAUUGCCAUAUUAUUUUUAACACUUUUUGGAUACACUUCGUCUAAAUACACACUGAUACCUCUACUCUAUAUCUAUUGUAAUGCAUAGCUGUUUGGAACCUUGGCCUGUAUUAAUACAGCCGUAUGUUCAGGUUCCAUCUAGUGAUUGCAAUAUUGUAUGAUAGACUUCUAUCAUACUACAGUAUAUUGUUUAACAUUGCAGCACUAAGGGCAAAAGGGACACUGUAUCCAGACCACUUCAAUGAGCUGUAAUGGUCUUGGUGUCUACAGUGUCCCUUUAAAGUUAAAGUGACAAACCAUUUAUUUCCUCUGGCCGCACAGAGCGGAUAAAUUCACUGCUGUAUAUCACUUCUGCGGUGUGUGUGGCUCUUCCUCAUAUGCAGAUGUGUUCUCCAUGGCGUAUAACUUUUCAAUUGAUGGCUGUCUUUUACUUGACAAACAUACGUUAGCAAAAUGAUUUGUCCCCCCACAAGACUUCCCAUAAGCAGGACGCUGCUCUUUAAUUCUUUGAUGCACAGUCCCACAAUCUUUGCACGCUGUAUGGUCUGCAGCAUUUGUGCUAAUCUGGCAGUGUUAUUCCUGUUUGCUAAUGUGUUGUCGCUGCACUGCAAUGUUUAUGCUGUCGGUCUGCUGUCUGUCCUGUUCCAUAACUUCCAUACGUCUGUCAGUGUGCUCUGCUGUACGGCACAUUUCAAUGGCUGUGUUUAAAGUUAAUUCAUGUUAUCUUAAGAGACGCCUGCGUGAGCUCUUACUAGCUACACCGGGAACAAUAUGGUCCCUUAUUAGUUCAUCCCUCAGAGAACCAUAUUCACAUUUUGCAGCUUUUUCUCUCAAGCGUGUAACAAAGUUAUCAAGAGAUUCUCCCCCUUCUUGUUUGCAGCAGCUAAACACAUACCGUUCACAUAUGACAUUUUCAGCAGAUUUGAAGAAAACUUCCGAUGCGUCUAAAAUGUUUGCAACAUUCUCUUACUGCUUGAGGUUCACAUUGUGCCUACAAACAGGUCUGCACUCACUGCCCAUGACUCUUCUCAGAGUAUCUGCCUGCCCUGCUGCAGAUUUCUCCUUCGACCCUAUAGCCAGGGAAUAAUGUUCAAAUUCAGCUCAAAAAGUUUACUAAAGGCAGUAACCCCCAAACCUGUGAUGUACCCCAAAGCUCAGUACUGAUUGUAGUCACUUCUGACACCAUGUUUCAGUUAUAGCAAUGAAGACACUACAGGCUAUUAGUGUAGGGAACCAUGUUAGGCUAUAGAACUACAUCCAGGUCAGAGGCAACAGGAAACAAAGUAUAAGGCAAUACAGUAUUAUUCUGAGUGUUACAGUAUUUGCUAAAUUAUUCCAAACAAUAUGUGCAGCAAGUGUUAACAAAUCAACGCCAGACUUUAACACAGUGAUAUGAAGUAUAUUAAGAUACACAGCCUGUGUUCAGCAUUACAUUUCACUCAUUGUUCACAAUACAUUAUUUAUUUAUAAAAUUAUUUACCAGGAAAGAUACAUAGUUACAUAGCUGAAAAGAGACUUGCGUCCAUCAAGUUCAGCCUUCCUCAGAAAUGUUGUUGCUGUUGAUCCAAAAGAAGGCAAAAAACCUGGUCUGAAGCACUUCCAAUUUUGCCCCAAACUAGGAAAAAAUUCCUUCUUGACCGCAAAAUAGCAGUCAGAUGUAUCCUUGGAUCAAGCAGCUAUUACCCCACUAAUUAGAAAUUAUAUCCCUGUAUGUUAUGUUUUUGUAAGUAUUUAUCCAAUUUCAGUUUAAACAUCUGUAUGGACUCUGACAAAACCACCUCUUCAGGCAGAGAAUUCCAUAUCCUUAUUGUUCUUACUGUAAAAAAACCUUUUCUUUGCCUUAGAUGAAAUCUCCUUUCUUCCAGCCUAAAUGUGUGACCUCGUGUCCUAUGUAUAACCCUGUUUAUGAAUAGAUUUCCAGAUAAAGGUUUGUACUGGCCCCGAAUAUAUUUGUAUAAAGUUAUCAUAUCCCCUCUCAGGCGCCGUUUUUCCAAACUAAACAGAUUUAAUUUUUUUAACCUUUCUUCAUAACUAAAAUGCUCCAUUCCGUUUAUCAAUUUUGUAGCUCGUCUCUGGACCCUCUCCAGUGCCAUGAUAUCCUUCUUUAGAACAGGCGCCCAAAAUUGCACAGCAUAUUCAAGGUGUGGUCUUACCAGCGAUUUAUAAAGAGGCAAAAUUAUAUUUUCAUCCCGAGAAUUUAUGCCCCUAUUUAUACAUGACAAAAUCUUACUGGCCUUAGCAACUGCAGAUUGACAUUGCAUAUUGCUGCCUAAUUUGUUGUCUAUAACAAUUCCCAAAUCCUUCUCGUGUGUGGUUAUCCCUAAUUCACUACCAUUUAGUGUGUAAGUUGCUUGUGCAUUCUUAACCCCGAAGUGCAUAACUUUGCAUUUCUCUAUGUUAAAUUUCAUCUGCCAUUUUAGUGCCCAGUCCCCCAAUCUAUCCAAAUCUCUCUGCAGCAAAGCAAUAUCCUGCUCACAUUUUAUUACUUUACAAAGUUUUGUGUCAUCUGCAAACACUGAUACAUGGCUUUCAAUGCCUAUUUCAAGAUCAUUUAUAAAUAUGUUAAAUAGAAGUGGUCCCAAAACAGAACCCUGAGGGACACCACUUACCACUUUUGUCCAGCCUGAAAAUUUACCAUUAAUUACAACUCGUUGUACUCUGUCCUUAAGCCAAUGUUCUACCCAAGAACAGGAAUAUUCAUCUAGACCAAUUUCUUUUAGUUUGAAGACUAACCUAUUGUGAGGAACCGUAUCAAAUGCCUUGGCAAAGUCCAAGUAGAUCACAUCCACUGCAACACCCUGAUCUAUACUUCUACUUACUUCUUCGUAGAAUGCAAUUAGGUUAGUUUGACAUGACCUAUGUUUCAUAAAACCAUGCUGAUUAUUGCUAAUAACAAAGUUCUUCCCAAUGAAUUCCUGAAUAUUAUCCCUUAAAAGCCCUUCAAAUAUUUUCCCAGUUACAGAAGUUAAGCUCACAGGUCUAUAAUUUCCAGGCAGGAUUUUGAACCCUUUUUAAAUAUAGGAACAACAUCUGCCUUCCUCCAAUCCUCCGGUACAACACCUGAAACAAAAGAAUCUUGAAAAAUUAAAUACAGAGGUUCACUUAUUUCCCCACUUAGCUCCUUAAGUACUCGUGGGUGAAUACAGUCAGGCCCCGGAGCUUUAUUUACAUUAAUUUUCUUUAAUAGCUGUAGCACCUUGUCUCGAGUUAUCCAAUCACAAGUUAUUUGCAAGUUUUUUGCAGCAAACAUUUGCAUAUCUCUUACCAUAGGAUCCUCAUUAAUAUAUACUGAAGAAAAAUAGUUAUUUAAAAUUUCUGCUUUUUCCUGGUCUUCAUUAGCUAAUAAACCCAACUCUGUUUCAAGUGUACCUACACUUUCAUUUUUUGUUUUUUUAGAAUUGAUGUACUUGAAAAAAUUUUUUGGGGUUGGUUUUGCAUUCUUUAGCUAUCAAUUUCUCAUUUUCUAGUUUAGCCACUUUAAUUGCCUUUUUGCAAGUGUUAUUGGCUUCCUUAUAUCUUAAAUAGGAUGCCUUUGAUUUGUCUGAUUUAAAUGCUUUAAAUGCCCUUUUCUUAUUUUUAAUCUCUUGUUUUACUUCUCUACUAAGCCACAUUGGUUUUAAUUUGUUUCUUUUAUAUUUAUUACCCAAUGGUACGUACUGAGAAAUGUACAUUUCUAAUAUAUGUUUGAAUAGUUUCCAUUUAUCCUCAGUGUUUUUAUCACUAAGGAGUUUAUGCCAGUCGAUAUGUUGUAGAGCUGCCCUAAUCUUAUUGAAAUUUGGCUUUUUUUAAAUUAUAUGUUUUAGUAUACCCCACCUGCUUUUGCUUUUUUGAGUUUAUUUCAAAAUUUACCAUAUUGUGAUCACUAUUUCCCAAAUGCUCCCCUACUUGAAUGUUGGUUAAAAGAUCAACAUUGUUUGUUAUGACAAGAUCCAGACAAGCAUCCUGUCUAGUUGGUGCUUGUACCAGUUGUGACAUAAAGGUGUCAUUUAACACAUUCAAAAACCUGAUUCCCUUUGCUGAAGUACUAGUCCCUCUUUCCCAAUUUAUGUCUGGAUAAUUAAAAUCUCCAAUAAUUAACGUGUUACCUCGAUUUGCAGCUUUCUCAAUUUGCUCUAACAGCUGUUCUUCCUCAUUAAUAUUUACAUUAGGUGGUUUAUAACAUAUCCCAACCAAUAAUUGAUUUCCCUUUGUUUUCCCCAAGCAGAUAUCUACCCAUAAAGCCUCCACCUUUUCCUCGUCACACUCCACAUGCCUAAGAUUUGACUUUAACUCACGGUUGACAUAUAAACAUACCCCACCACCCUUCUUGUUUUUCCUAUCCUUCCUAAAUAACGUGUACCCAUUUAAAUUAACUGCCCAGUCAUGUGUCUCAUCCCACCAUGUUUCUGUUAUGCCUAUUAUAUCAUAUUGUUUAUGGUAUGCUAUUGCCUCUAGUUCCCCCAUUUUGUUAUAUAGGCUCCUUGCAUUAGUAAGCAUACAUUUAAUAUUAUCAUGAGUCUUUUGUACUUUUUGUGAAUUAUCAAUAUUACAUACCUCCUCUGUUCUGAGUUUUCCCCUCCCCCCAUCUCCACCCCCUUUGUUCUGAGCUAAAGCCCAUCUCUUUUCCAUCCUAUCUCCAUUUUCUAGAUUGCUUUGACCCUCCCCCCCUACCACUAGUUUAAAAUCUCCUCCAACCUUCUAGCCAUCCUAUCCCCCAGCACAGCAGACCCUCUUCCGUUUAGGUGCAAUCCAUCAUGACUAUACAGGUUGUACCCAAGCGCAAAAUCGGCCCAGUGCUCUAAAAACCCAAAACCCUCUUUCCUGCACCAAGACUUUAGCCACGCAUUGACCUCUCUAAUCUCCCGCUGCCUUUCUGCUGUAGCGCGCGGCACAGGUAAUAUUUCUGAAAAAAUUACCUUGGAGGUCCUUUUCUUUAGCUUACUUCCUAGUUCCCUGAACUCAUUCUUUAGGACCUUCCAUUUUCCUCUGACUUUGUCAUUGGUACCAAUAUGGACCAUGACAGCUGGGUCAUCUCCAGCCCCUCCCAAUAAUCCCUCCACUCUGUCGGCAACAUGCCGGACCCGAGCACCCGGGAGACAGCAAACUGUCCGGUUGAGUCGAUCAGAGUGGCAGAUUACCCUAUCUACUCUCUUAAUAAUAGAGUCCCCUACCACCACAACCUGUCUAGCCUUCCUUACCCUCUCAACCCCACCCGUACUAGAGGGGCUGUUUCCACGGCUGUUAGCAGGAACAGCUUCCUGCAGUACAGCUACUCCUGAGCUGAUGCUCCCAACAUCUUCACUCAAACGGGCAAAUCUGUUAGGCUGCAUGAGAUCAGGACUAGCUAAACCUUUUCUCUUCCCCCCCCCCUGCUUAACACAAAAUUAUUAACACAUUAUUCCCAAACCCUCAAGCUGUGCGGCUGCAGUCAGAAUAAUUAAAUUCCUUUAAUACAGAUAUUUAUCAACAAAUAAGCACCUAUAAUCAGUUUGAAUCAAGUUACAUAUAUAUAUAUAUAUAUAUAUUGGAUCUGCAAGAAUUUACCCUGAUAACCGGGUGAGGCUUGCUAACUGCAAUACAAACUGCAAAGGCUUUCUUGUCUGUCAAGUAAAGUCUCAAAAUAAAGGUAGGUAUGUACAGGAUUUAUACUGGAUACACAUAGAGAUAAUCUAAUGAGAAUCACCAACAAAGAUUAUAUUAUAAAAGAAAAAACUAUCACCAACUAUUUCCGUCCAAGGAUGGAAACUUGGGAACAUACCAAUCGAUUUGCUCCCCUAUAUCAGAACUCACCCACGAAAAGAGUGAGAACAGAGGAUUAGUUACAUCAUCCCAGGUUGUCUAUCCUUUGGAACAAAGGGAAAUAGAUAGAGGUAUUUUCAAUUUAACUAAUAUCCCCCUGACAGAUGAUGAGAUUAAUUUACUGUCUAAAGGAAUGAAGUUUGCUCCUAGUAAUACCUCUAAUGAUUUUAAUCUUUUCAUAGAUUUAAAGAAAUUUAUUCGCUCAUUAACUAUCAAAAGACAUUUUCUCUUAAACCCACCACCUUCGGAUGACACCUUGAAUGUUUCAACCACCCCUUCUAAUUACAAUUUUCAACGUAAAUCACAUUUUUUUCCUAUACAAAGCAAAGGCCCUUUUUUAGAGACAUUUGAACAUAUGGUGAAUCAAACUUUCCAGUCUUUUAGUAUAAGGGAUAAGAAAAGAUCACAAACCUCUAAUUUUACCAAAAGAGAGGAAGAAACCUUAAAAAAUUUAAUGGAUCGUGAUGAUCUAAUAAUUAGGGAGGCUGAUAAGGGUGGUGGCAUCGUUUUGAUGACCACCUCCUAUUACCUAGAAGAAUCCGCCAAUAUAUUGGGGGACAAAAAUACUUACACAAUUCUAGUUAAUGACCCAACGUCACGUUUUAAUAUGGAACUUGGGAUCCUUCUAGAUCAAGCAUAUAAUAAUGGGAUUAUUACUCAAAAAAAUUUAGAUUUUUUAUUUCAAAAAAACCCUGUUAUACCGAUUUUUUAUUUCCUCCCUAAAACACACAAAUGCCUUCCUAAUCCACCAGGGCGUCCUAUUAUUAGCGGUGUAAAUUCACUAACAGCUAACCUAUCCGCCUAUGUUGAUUCUUUUUUGCAGAAAUAUGCGCAGUUAGCGCCUUCCUAUGUGCGUGAUACGAAAUCUUUUUUACACGAGCUGGAGUGUAUUGAAUGGAAAUCGGAAUACAGUUGGGCCACACUAGAUGUGACCUCUCUGUAUACUGUGAUCAGCCAUCACUUAGGGUUGGAGUCCAUUGAUUAUUACAUGUCUAGAGAUAAUACAUUAUCUGUAGGUCAUAGGGAGUUUAUUUUUUCUUCAGUUCAAUUUAUUUUAGAUCACAAUUAUUUUUUCUUUAAUGGUGAUUAUUACUUACAAACCACUGGGACAGCCAUGGGUACCAGGUUCGCCCCCAGCUAUGCCAACACCUACAUGAGAAGAUGGGAAGAACUUUUUGUGUGGUCUGGGCAUGGCUGGAGGGAGAGCCUGGUCCUAUGGCGGCGGUAUAUUGAUGAUGUUAUUAUUAUUUGGAAGGGGUCUUCGGUUGCUUUUCAGGAGUUUGUUCGAUACCUUAAUUGCAACCAGUACAACCUGGUUUUUACUCCAGUAUGGAAUAAAUAUGAAAUCCAUUUUUUGGACCUGGUCCUUUUUUGUGAUCAAGAACAAAUACAGACCAAAUGUUUUUUCAAACCCACAGACGGUAAUGGCUACGUACAUCAACGAAGCUGUCACCAUAAACCGUGGUUACGGGGUAUAGCUAGAAGUCAGUUUACACGUGUCAGACGUAAUUGCUCUAAUCUUCAGGAUUUCAAGACCCAAUCAUUAUAUAUUAAGAAAAAGCUUAUGGAUAGAGGUUACAAAAGAAAUUCUUUGGAUAAAGAAAUCCGUUCCAUUAGCUCGGUACAACGUAGUUCAUUAUUAGAAGAGAAGGGCAGUACAAAUGAAAAUAACAAAAACUUUAAAUCAUCCUUUAUAACUCAAUACAAUACUGACUGUAACGGAUCACCUGGCACCCCGACUGGGUACCUCCGUUGAAGGAUGCUCCUAGCGCUUCCUGAGGACUCCAAGCACUGCAGCAGACACCACAACCACCGAACCGGAGAAGCAUAUGAAUCCUCUCAAGCAUAUGAAUGCUGUAGACAGUUGAAUAGGAACCAUACGAAUAGGUUUACUCUCCUAGCAGUCAAACUGGAACAGCAUACAAUAAAUCCUUCCCCCAAUAAUGAGACGACACUUCACUUUGAGGGUUAAAACAGGAACUCUCUGUAUUGUCACAUACAGUCUCUUUUAUUCCCAAUCCACAAACAUAGUACAGCCCACAGGGCGUUACAAAACAACCAAUCAAUCCAUACAAUACACCCAGACACUCCCACACAAAAUCCUCCCCUCUGCAGGUGAUAUGAUUACUGAACACAAUGGGUAAUCUCAUUAUCACCGGCAGAGGAAUACAGUUUUUACACAAUAUUUAUAACUUCUAAAAUAUACAUGUCACAAACAUAAAACAUACAUUUUCAUAAUCAAUCCAUUCAGGGGAACAACAUAUUAAAAAAUGGCACGAAUCAGACCAGGGGUUCAAAAGUUAAGGGAAAGUCCUUUGUGACUAAAUGAAGCAUGGCUUUCUGGCCCAAACCAGUUUCAGAGUCUUCUAUCCUGGAGAGUAAUUCAAUUAUCUCCCAGGAUAGAUACAAGACUCCAUUAAGCACAUGGUUGCAAAAAGACACAAAACACUUUAAAAUACAUAAAGUCACAUUUACACAUAACACACCGACAUUUCACAUAUCCCCAGAUAGCUGGGAUCUGAGUGCACAUUAUUAGAUGAAUGGCACUCAGAUCACACAAAUAAGCCUUUCUGCAGGGGAAAUAAACAGUUUAACCUGCAGGGCCAUAGUCCAAAGGGAGCAGGCGAGCAACCAGGCUUCUCCAGUUCACAGUGGCGAGGUUGGUUUCGCCACACUUCUCCCCUUUACCAACUAGACUAACAGGGUAUCUGACCUCCUGCCGGUCAGUGCCCUGGUUAGUCCAGCAACCCACCCACAAAACAGAAACAGCAGUACAGCCCACCCACAAUAACUGGUUACUACACCUGGGUAGAGGAGAACUUUGUCCAUGUCCAGGUGCCUCACCACGACUGUGUGGGCAACUGUUAGGCUGCCUUGGUGGGUUGCUGAGUGGGCAGAGACCAGCGGUACUCUGCCCUGAUGCCAGUGCUACCACGGAAGUAGCCUGGUGGGAGCCUGGUUGUGGGAGGGAGAGACCGACUGUCUCCCCUCUGGAUACACCGCUCUGUGGCUGGGGAACAGGACCGACUGUCCCUACCUCUUGUGCUGUAAGUGCAGAGACUACAGUCCCAUCUGCACUGUUGGGGGGUAUAACAUCUCCCCUUGCUGGGUUAGGCUGCCGCUGGAGAGAGGGUGUAACAUGCUCCUCUCUCUGAACUGUAAACUGCCGCUGGAGAGAGGGGGUAUCAGGCUCCUCUCCCUGACACUCUCUCUGCUGGUGGAGAGGGGGACCAGCUGUCUCCCCUUUCAUUAUUUUGUCCUGUGGUUGGGGUGCGAGACUGACGGUCUCUGCUCCCUGCAGGACACUCUGCCGCUGGGGAGGAAGGACGGCACCUUCAGCUCCCGGGGGUACACACUGCCGCUGGGGAGGAAGGACUGCAGCUUCAGCUCCCUGGGGUACACACUGCCGCUGGGGAGGAAGGACUGCAGCUUCAGCUCCCUGGGGUACACACUGCCGCUGGGGAGGAAGGACUGCACCUUCAGCUCCCUGGGGUACACACUGCCGCUGGGGAGGAAGGACUGCACCUUCAGCUCCCUGGGAUACACACUGCCGCUGGGAGGAAGGGCACCUUCAUACACACUGCCGCUGGGAGAAGGACUGCAGCUUCAGCUCCCUGGGGUACACACUGCCGCUGGGGAGGAAGGACUGCACCUUCAGCUCCCUGGGUACACACUGCCGCUGGGGAGGAAGGACUGCACCUUCAGCUCCCUGGGGUACACACUGCCGCUGGGGAGGAAGGACUGCACCUUCAGCUCCCUGGGAUACACACUGCCGCUGGGGAGGAAGGACGGCACCUUCAGCUCCCUGGGAUACACAAUGCCGCUGGGGAGGAAGGACGGCACCUUCAGCUCCCUGGGGUACACACUGCUGCUGGGGAGGAAGGACGGCACCUUCAGCUCCCUGGGUUACACACUGCCACUGGGGAGGAAGGAUUGCACCUUCAGCUCCCUGGGAUACACACUGCCGCUGGGGAGGAAGUACAGCACUUUCAGCUCCCUGGGAUACAUACUGCCGCUGGGGAUCUGGGCUGACUGCCCAGCAUCCCUGUAGGGCCUGUAGAGAGACCUCGGUCCCAUCCCCACCUGCCAGCUGGGUGUCUUCCCAGGACAAGUCAAUAAGGUCUUCCAUCUCUGGGGCUGGUUGGGACAUAUGUGGCACAGUACCAAGGUCUCCUGAUAACAGGCUUGGUUGCUGGGGAGGAGGAACUAAACUCAAUGCUUCCGGUGGUAUACAGUCAAUAAGCCUCAUCAUGUCAGAGACAGGCGGCGUUAUACGUUGGAAUAGGCAAACAUAAUCCUGUUCUAGUUCCCACUCUCGGUUGGCAAGAAAAGAUAGAUCUGGCUGAAUGGCACUGAUCUCUGUAAGGUCCCAGUUGUCUGCCCGCUCAGCUCGGAUGGACCAGAAGCGAGCAAUGUCGGUGUCUCCGAACCAGAGACUAGUUUCCAUAGUAUCCCACAACAAACCAGGGCCAUCAUAGUCUUCCCCCUCAUAACACUUGUACUCAAUCAGCCAUGGGUAGAGGUGGUAAACAUGCCACCGCAGGGCCCGAUAGGAAUCAUCCAGCCACACCUCAGUCUCAACUAGCGUCUCCAGUUCGCUUACCCAUUCCUCUGAGGGUUGGUUUCCCAAUAACGGCAUCCGCAGCUCUAGUUGUUCUGCUUGGCGCUGGUUAGUGGUCAGGAUUUCCUCGCACCGGAAGGGUCGAAUUUCGUCAAUGUCCUCCUUCCAGAGAUCGGUACGAAGCGCCACCCUCCACUCUGUCUCUCUUUCCUCUGGGAUAGGAUACUCCAUACUGCGCAUCACAUCCUGUAGUCGCUGCUGGAGCCUGGCGUCAAAGUGAGAUACUGCACGGCCUUCCAUCUCUGAAGUAGUGCUGGUUUUCCCAAAUCUUUAUGUAGACAGGGACGCUGUAUGAACACUAGCGUCGCCUUCAAUUUGUAAAUCCACGAACUGUGUCUCUGAGCUGCUUUACCUCGCACUAGGACGCCAUCCCACCGCUUGCCACCAAUGUAACGGAUCACCUGGCACCCCGACUGGGUACCUCCGUUGAAGGAUGCUCCUAGCGCUUCCUGAGGACUCCAAGCACUGCAGCAGACACCACAACCACCGAACCGGAGAAGCAUAUGAAUCCUCUCAAGCAUAUGAAUGCUGUAGACAGUUGAAUAGGAACCAUACGAAUAGGUUUACUCUCCUAGCAGUCAAACUGGAACAGCAUACAAUAAAUCCUUCCCCCAAUAAUGAGACGACACUUCACUUUGAGGGUUAAAACAGGAACUCUCUGUAUUGUCACAUACAGUCUCUUUUAUUCCCAAUCCACAAACAUAGUACAGCCCACAGGGCGUUACAAAACAACCAAUCAAUCCAUACAAUACACCCAGACACUCCCACACAAAAUCCUCCCCUCUGCAGGUGAUAUGAUUACUGAACACAAUGGGUAAUCUCAUUAUCACCGGCAGAGGAAUACAGUUUUUACACAAUAUUUAUAACUUCUAAAAUAUACAUGUCACAAACAUAAAACAUACAUUUUCAUAAUCAAUCCAUUCAGGGGAACAACAUAUUAAAAAAUGGCACGAAUCAGACCAGGGGUUCAAAAGUUAAGGGAAAGUCCUUUGUGACUAAAUGAAGCAUGGCUUUCUGGCCCAAACCAGUUUCAGAGUCUUCUAUCCUGGAGAGUAAUUCAAUUAUCUCCCAGGAUAGACACAAGACUCCAUUAAGCACAUGGUUGCAAAAAGACACAAAACACUUUAAAAUACAUAAAGUCACAUUUACACAUAACACACCGACAUUUCACAUAUCCCCAGAUAGCUGGGAUCUGAGUGCACAUUAUUAGAUGAAUGGCACUCAGAUCACACAAAUAAGCCUUUCUGCAGGGGAAAUAAACGGUUUAACCUGCAGGGCCAUAGUCCAAAGGGAGCAGGCGAGCAACCAGGCUUCUCCAGUUCACAGUGGCGAGGUUGGUUUCGCCACACUGACCAUCAAAAAAUUAAAAAAAGUUUGCAGGAAUUCUGGCCCAUUUUACUUCAGGACCCAGUUUUGGGAAAAUCUUUAUCGGAUCGCCCUAUGGUGAUCUAUAAAAAGAAUAAGAAUCUUAAGAACUUACUGGCUCCCAGCUAUGCUAUCAAACCUCCUAAUACCCAUCUUUCUUCCACUAUCGGUCUUUUUAGAGGCUGUGGAAUUUGUAAGGCCUGUAUUACUACAUCAGUGUCUAAAAUACAGUUGUUCCAUAGUAACAUCACAGGGGAAACAUUCAAGGUGAAAUCUGAGAUUAGUUGCCACUCGGACUAUGUGGUUUAUUUACUGCAGUGUCCCUGUGGCAAACAAUAUGUGGGACGUACAAAGAGGAUCCUAAAGGUUAGAAUACUUGAACAUCUAAAUAAUAUCAAGAAGAAACUUCAAACUCAUUCAGUUUCGGCCCAUUGUUCCAACUGUCCAUUAUUUACCUUUUGGGAUUUUACGUUUAUGGGCAUUGAAAGAGUUUUUCCAUUCUGGCGAGGGGGUGAUAGAAUCCAAAAACUAUCCCAAAGGGAGACAUUUUGGAUACAUCGGUUGAAUACCCUAGAGCCAAAGGGCCUCAAUAUUGGUAUUGACUUAGUUUGUUUUUUGGAUUAGAAUUUAAAACUGAUUCUUUUUAUACAUAUAUUCAUUUCUUUACACAUUAUUUUUCUGCGGAUGAUGGUGAUUUUGAUUAAAAUACAGCCUUCUGUCUUCCAUAUGGGUUAUGUAGAAGUAAAUAUAUGGCUGAAUUGUCUACUAUAUAUAUUAUAUAUACUAGUUGGAAUUUUUUCGAUAUUUAGGAACUUAAUUAUAUUUGGGAGUACGUUUUUUUUUUGUAUCUUGGAGACAUACAGAUAUUGAUAAAAACAUUAUCUUGUAUACAUUUAUCAAUUAAUGGGUAAAAAUACAAUCAUUUGGGAUAUUAGGUAUAUGUGUAACUCCACUUAAUAUUGGAGACUUUCUAUAGGAACACUACAAAAUUUAUUUUUCUUUCAAUUCAAAUUUAUUUUUUAUAAAUAUUCAUGUUAUUCUUUUUAAAAAAUUCUUGUGGCAUGAACCACUUAUUAAUAAUUAAUAGAUAUUGAUAUAUAUCUUAUAGUUUAGCCAUGUAUGUUACAUUUGAAAUACAAUGUUUUUUUGACAAUAGGAUCACAUGUAUUAUAUAAAUUGUGCAAUUUGAGUGCACCUUUCACUUUAAGAAACACUGUGUGAUACUGUCCAAUUAUAAUAAUCUAAUGGUGACUAAUUAUACUAACUAACAUAAGUAAAUGUAGAGAAUAAUGUUAUUAAUAUUGUUCUUCUCUUUAGCAGAUAGAAUAUAUUGUCUUUUAUUGUUUUUUCCUGACUAUACACUUAUAUUGAGACACAAUGAAGGUGGAACGCAUUUCAGCCGCGGGUGGAACGCAAGUGGAACGCGGAAAUGCGUUUCAAUUUCCACUUCCGGUUCCGGUCGCUCGAACGCGCCGAAUUUGAUUACAGCAAUAUAGGGAGGAUGGAAAACAGCUGAAUAGCUCCCUCUCAGGACCAAUCAAGCAACAGAUACUGGAUACCACCCACGGAACCACCAAUGAACAUGGGGACUAGCCCUAUUUAAAGAGGACUCAGGGAUGGGGGGAAUAGGAUGUUUUUUUUAUAUAUUGUAAUUGUAUAUUGAUUUUAUUUCUUAUAUACGGUCCCUGAUGAAGUUCUUUGCAGAACGAAACGUGUAGGACCAUACCGUUCUUUUUUAUCAUACUUUAUAUUGAUGGUGAUUAUUCACCUUUUAUCAAUAAAUACAUCGUUUUUCUACCAUUACCUGCUGGGAGUCCUGAGCAUUAUUAAGGAAGCCUAUAAGGAGCCAAGAGAUUACCAACCCCCCACUCCUAGGGGAGGCACCCUAUGAGCGAUAUAUUCUACUUCAUUCUGUGAGUGCAUUUGUAUUCAGCGAAAAAACUGUGCUAAUCGUACUUCACUAUUUUGUGUAUAUUUUUCAUGUUCCUUUUAGAUUAAUUUCCAGCCAUAUCCCGAAGUUCUGUGUUGCUUGUGGUUAUCAAGAUUAUAUUCAAUUCUGAAAUGCCUCAAAAAUAAUGGCCAGCGUGGACAUUCUCUGUAGUAAUGCCUGCUGGAGAUCACUGCUACAUAUCUUGUAAUAAACCAGGGCCGGCGUGGUAAUUCUCUGUAGUAAGGCCUGCUGGAGAUCACUGCCACAUAUCUUGUAAUAAACAAGGGCCAGCGUGGACAUUCUCUGUAGUAAGGCCUGCUGGAGAUCACUGCCACAUAUCUUGUAAUAAACCAGGGGCGGCGUUGUCAUUCUCUGUAGUAAGACCUGCUGCAGAUCACUGCCACAUAUCUUGUAAUAAACAAGGCCCGGUGUGGACAUUCUCUGUAGUAAGGCCUGCUGGAGAUCACUGCCACAUAUCUUGUAAUAAACCAGGACCGGCGUGGACUUAGUAUCAGUCUUCUGGAGAUGUACUGAAAUGUAGCAUACAGCCAGACUCAAUAUAAUCAGUACAGCCGUUAAGAGCACUCUUAUCCAGAACAUCAACACAAGGUGUUACAACUUACCUAGAUACUCACCAAUAAACCUCCUAAAUAUGACCCAUUUGUAAUAAGGAAACCUCAUGUUAAGGAGUAACUGAAAUAAUGGUCAACCCCCAUGCUUAUACUAGCCAGUAAUAUAUACUAUUGAUUCCCUUACCGGAAAUAUGCCGAAAAAUAAACUUAGCAGCCGGGAUAAAUAAAAAAAAAAUUGCAGGCCUGUGUUCCACUAGCAAAUUGGGAUUUGAAAACCUAAAAACCCAAACUGUUUAAUCUAGAGGCUUCCUUAUGCCCAUAAGCCAUUGCCAUCUCCUUCAGGAGAGAGUCUAGGUCAGCCCACAGGUCACUAAAAGGGGUACACCCAGGGAGUCACCUUUAACAGGCCUGUCACGUACUGGGUCUCCAGGCCAGGGGAAAAGAAAGCAGGACGUUGGUGGCAGCGGGGGAGCGCAGUCUGUUUUUCCUGAUUCUCACUGCUUACUCUGUAGUGAUGCCGGGCAUCGGAAUAAGACGUCAUUUCGGCCCGGCAUCACUAAACUGCAUGUGUGAGGGAGCAGUGCAGAGCAGGAAGGGAGACCUCCAGAGAGAAGAUCUCCACUGGACCCCAAGGGGAAGAUCCACACAAGAUUUCCAAAAAGGUGGGGAAGCUGGAUGGGCCUCAAAAAAUAAAUCCGUAAUAAAUAUAAUACAUUUGUGGGUGUAUUUGCAAGCACGUGUAUGUCUGUCUGUCAGUGAGUGUGUGUGUGUCUGUCAGUGUGUGUGUGUGUCUCUCUCAGUGAGUGUUUCAAAUAAGUGAGAUUGUGUGUCUGUCAUUGAAAGUGUGUGUCCGUGAGUCUGUGUCUGUCAGUGUGUGACUAUAAGUAACUAUGUGUGUCUGUCAGUGAGCAUGUCUGUCAGUGAGUGUAUGUUUGUCAGUGAGUGUGUGUGUGUCUCUCUCAGUGAGUGUUUCAAAUAAGUGAGAUUGUGUGUCUGUCAUUGAAAGUGUGUGUCCGUGAGUCUGUGUCUGUCAGUGUGUGACUAUAAGUAACUAUGUGUGUCUGUCAGUGAGCAUGUCUGUCAGUGAGUGUAUGUUUGUCAGUGAGUGUGUGUGUGUCUCUCUCAGUGAGUGUUUCAAAUAAGUGAGAUUGUGUGUCUGUCAUUGAAAGUGUGUGUCCGUGAGUCUGUGUCUGUCAGUGUGUGACUGUAAGUAACUAUGUGUGUCUGUCAGUGAGCAUGUCUGUCAUUGAGUGUAUGUGUGUCUGUCAGUGUGUGUCAGUGUUUCAAAUAAAUGAGAUUGUGUGUCUGUCAUUGAGGCUGUGUGACUGUCAGUGAGUGUGUCUGAUUACAAAAAGAGGUGGGGCCAUAGAAACAUGCAUGUCUGAGCUGGACAUUUGCCAAGUCCAGGCAUGCAUGUUUCUGCAGCAACAGUUAGAAAGAUGACCACGCCCACUUGGGGCGUCCAAAACAAUUCUGCACCCAGACGUCUGUGACCCUAGGAUCAAACCUGUGGCUGACAGUGAUCAGCUGUCACUCGCAAUCAAUCAGCUAAACUUGAACAGAAGGACUUCACUCAGGAGAGCUAAUGGAAGGUCCUAAGCAGGAAAGUCAAACUCUCCUAGGUGCAGAGAGGAGGCAGGGAGCAACAUUUGACUACAGCAAAAUUGUCACGAAUAUUAGGCCAAAAUAGGUCAAUUUAAAACGAAGCUGACUUUGAGAAUUCACCUGAUUAGUCUAUAUUGGCCUAAAAUUUUAAAUUUAUUUUGAAUUCAUGACUAUUCACAUUUUAGCAAACAGUCUAGAGUUUACAUUUUUUUCCCAUCUCUACAAAACGUUCAUAUGUUAUAAGAGCACAUACUUCUUUAACAGAGUUGCAAAGCAUCCAUGUUGUGUCAUUAUUCCUGUACUGAUAAUUGCCCCAACAGAAGGACUUUAAGAAUCUUCUAAAGUGACUAAAAACUUGUUUGAUCCCCAGAACCAGAGAGAUUUUGGCCAAAGUAACCAGAUGUAUUCUUGAUAUUAGCGGAAAAAGAGGUUUUAUUGUUUAAUAUUUCUCUAUUGAGGUCAGUAAAUAAAGAAACUUUAAAUUAAAGGUUGACUCAAACUUUGACAAAAUGACAUUUACUAAUAUAUAAUUUAAUAUAUUAUAUAUUGCAUUUCAGAGCACGGAGAAUAGUUUCCAGCAAGGACUACCACACACACAAAAGAUAAUAAAAGUAAUUAAAAAAAAUAGAGACUUUGCUUUUCUUAAAUUAAAGCGAUAGCUUACUUGGGUCUUGCCAUGUUUCUCGACGACCAGCCUUUCAUGUUUGGUGACUGAUACAUUUGUGUGGUCUGGAGGUGAGGGUGGAAUCAGGUAGGCUUCAUACCCUUCCAAACUUGGGGUCAGGCUGUUGAUUCAUUCCUAAAAAGAUACAAAUAAGCAUUAAACCAUUCAAAUACAGGAAAUACAAGAUUACUCCUACAUGGUCAACAAACAUGGAGUUUUCACAAAUUCUCUUCCAAAGUAUGUACAAACCAUAAUAUGACAAUAGCAAGGCACCUUACCCACAGUAUAAAAAUGGGUUCAGCAUUUGGUGUUCUUUGCUUUGUUUCCAAAGUUUUAAUUUGGAACGACACUGACCAAUCAAGAUAGGGGAUCAAUACUAUGGUGCAACACAGACCAGGGUGAUUACCACUCCCUCGUGAAUUGUACACCAAAGGAAAAAUAUCUGGACACAUAUAGGCUCUAUCUGAAAAUGCUGAGUUUAUUGAAGUUGAACUUUCUUAAAGUCACUUGAGGAGGGCUCCUGCGUGAACUAAAACGUUGCCUGUUCAACUUCAAUAUAGUGUGCGAUUUGGGAUCAUUGAUAGUUGAUGAUUAACUUAUUUGCCAAUAACAUGAACACGCUUAGUUUUAACUACAAUUUCCAAUGCCAACAGGAGUUUGGUUCCCCAAAAUGAUGAAGAAAGAAAAACAAGAGGUGUAAUUAUAUACCAUAAUUGAGUGGGUGGGAGAGCUGCUGAGGAGGAGCUUGAGGCAUUGGGAGUCCAGGUAAGGCAUUCUCCAUACUGGCAGAAGCGGUAACAUUUGGAGGUAGGCUGAAGUCUUGGGGUUGUCCUUGUUGCUGCUACAUCAUCAUUCUCUGCUGCCGAAUGUAGUGGCUGAUCAACUCUCUAUUCCUCUGGGCGACCAACUAAGUGUUAAGAAACCUCUGCUGUUGAAGACUGGUUGAUUAGCAACAAUCUACACAACUCCCUAUAUGUUCUCAAAAAUCAGAUUACCGCAUAACGCAGUCUGUAUGAGGUAAUCAGAUUUCAUAAUUUCUGAAAAAAUUAGAUGUGUCAGAGGUCCUUUAUAUACACACAGAUAUUUGGGAUAAUCCACACGAAAUGUUGAUAAGUAAGAACUUUACUUACUUGUGAACCGACAGGCGUCUGCAUAACUGGCCUCAUCACUUCAUCACUCCAGCACCACCAGAAUUCAACGUCUCAGCCUUCAUCUCAAGCGCUUGUCCGAACAAAAUUCACGAACACAGGAAGAUUACCUGGUGAUGGCAGAAUGAAUUGUAAAAAACACAUCAUAGUCCAAAAAUAUUAAGAAAAAAAACACACUGUUUCUACUGGAUUAAACAAGAGUGUGUCUUCAUCAAGACUUUGCAGUCAGACUCAUCAAGAUGCCACUUAUACGAUGUUAUUAAUGAACUUUUAAUCAGUUAUGAAAAAUAGCAUUUAAGCAAAUUUAAAAAAUAAUAUUGUUAUACUGUAAUAUUAAUAGUUUUGUUUUUCUAACAUACUGGCAAAGGUGCUGUCAUCUUUAAAUUUCUAGCCCUAAACUUGAAGCAAAAAAUAAAGAAAAAUGCCAUUCUAAACUAGAUUAAUUAUACAAAACAAUAUGCCAUAUUUUAUUAAAUUUGAAAAGGUUAUUUAUUUUCUUUUAUUUAUGUAUUUCUUUUUUUUAUAGAUCAGCUUGGUUUGUUGCCAUAGUUGAUGGACUAAAGAAAUAUUUUUCAGGAGAAAAAAAAUUAAUUAACAAAACAUUUAUUUAUAUACAUUUUUUUUUUUUUAGAAUUCUGGACUUUAAAUAAUAAGAAUUUGUUGAGAAUCAUGCGCUGUAAAUAAUAAUAAAAAUACAUUGCAGCUACACAAAACUUUAAAAAAAAAACUGAAGGCUGCUGAGAAAAUAAUAAUAAUUAUUAAAUAAUUACUGAAUAUGUUUACAAUAUACCAGCUUGUCAGCACAGAAGGCAAAAAAGCUAGCUAUAACAUAUAAUAAAAAUAAACAAUACUGAUAAAAUAUAACUAUAAAAAUAUAAGUAUUUUCUCAGCAGCUGGAAAUAUUAAACAUUUAAAACAUUUGUCACCAACUGCUAAAGCACAAAUAAUAAAUUACUUAAAUAAAGUACCGUAAAUAAUAAAAGCACUGCAAAGAAAUUUGCCUGUAUAGUGCAAAUAGCACAAAUUACUAAUAAUCAUCAUCGUCAUCAUCAUCAUCAUUUAUUGUGGUUCUCCUAUGCUAUUUUUAUAGUUUAAUUUAUUUAUAGGGGGGUAGGGUCUGUUUAAAUUUUUCAAAGACAAAAAAACUGAAGAUUCCAGAAAAACAAAUUCUUCAAUUUUAUAAUCCCCUAAUCAAAAAAAAAAAAAGAAAAUUAUAUCUGUAUUGAUAAGAUCUGUUUAUAAAGCCAAUGAGAAAAAUAAAAUAUUGAUGCGCAAUUCUUUUUGUUUAAUAUCUGCCUAAUUUUGUUACCAUUACUGUUUAUUUAUCUGUGUAUUUUAUACUAACUAUACUGUGUUGCAUUUCAGUGAUUAGAUGUAGUUCAGAUUUCUGAUAGGUGGUAAUUCUAUUUAAUACACACUUAUCCUGUGUUUGUUAAACAUGGCAUUGUGUUACUUUCACAGUUUUAUGAUCGUGUGUCAGAGUGAAAGACAACCCUAGUCUUUGGUAUUGAUUGCAAAUUGUAGUAACAUACUUCAUCCUGGGUUAUUUGCAGACUGAAUUGUGAGAGUUAUUUUUACAUUUGAUGAAUAGACCUCUUUUGGCUUAGGUGCACAAUUAAGGCAAUGUACACACCCAUUCCUUAAGUAGAUAGAGCUGAGAUGGCAUUUGGUGGCCUAUAGAAGCCCGACUGAGAGUUGCUAGCUGGUUAGGUCCUGCUUGUAGGUAAGUGAAGUUGUGGGUUGCUUGGGAGAGAAUUUGUGACUUCUUUAAGAUGCAUUGAACAGACAGUAAAAAAAAUUUAAAAAAAGGAUACCUUAGCUUAUUAGCUUAACAUUUAGUUAAGUCAUAUGUAGUUCUGAUAGAUCUAGAAAUUAUUAUUUUUUAUUCAAACGUUAUUUCUAUUUGUUUUUUUACACAGUUACACAAAAUAAUUUAAACAAUAAUAAACACACAAAAAAGGGAAAAAGGAUAUAUCUAAGCUUUACGUAUAACUUAAAAUAGAACUCAAAGCUAGAUUGUAGAUAUUGUGCAGCCUAUAGUGUUGGGUUGAUGGGAUGACCUAAACGUUCAUCAUUAGAUGACUUAUAAGGGAGAAGUUAAAGAUAAAAAGAUGGAAAUAUAAAGUGAAAAUUAAUUUGAUUUGAGUUCUACAAGCAUGGGGCGGCUUGAUAAAAGACCUUAAAGCAAGCAAGGGAGAACUGGAGAGCCUUUGGUUGUGUGAAGGGUGAAGUGGGGGUGCACUUAAUUGAUAUGUAUUGAUAUGUCUUAAAUUCUAAUUAUUAUCCUUUUCUUCUGUUUGUUAAUUCAGGAAGCUGUUGUAUAUUUUUACCCUAAAUCAGAAAUAAAAUGUAAGUAUUAAUACUUUAUUAUGAACAAGGGGCUAAAUUAGGAUGAGAACUAUGCUUUUAUUAUUUUUAUAGUUUAAUUUAUUUAUGGGGGGGGGGAGGAGGGGAGGAGUCCGUUUUAAUUUUUCAAAAACAAAAAACUGAGAUUCCAGAAAAAAAAAUCUACAAUGUUAUAAUCCCCUAAUCAAAAAAUAAAUUGAUAUAUGUAUUGCUAAGAUGAGAAAAAAAAAUAUUGAUGCCUUUGUCCAAAGAUCUUCCAAAUGCCCAAUUCUAUUUGUUUAAUUUCAGCCUAAUUUUAUUAUCAUUACUAUGUAUUUAUCUGUGUCUUCUAUAAUAGCUAUGCUGUGUUGCAUUUCAGUGAUUAGAUAGAUGUAGUUGAGAUUUCUGGUAAUAGUAUUUAAUACACACUUAUCCUGUGUUUAUUAAACAUGACAGAGUUCAUUUUACAGUUUAGUUCUUUGAUAGAGAGUUUCAUAUUCGUGUAUCAGAGUGAAAGACAACCAAAGUCUAUGGUAUUGAUUGCAAAUUGUGGUAACAUACAUAUAUAUGCAUGUGGAUCCAGCACUCACUCUCCCGGUGCAUUGACAGAACUUUGUAAAUAAAUCUUGCAGUUUUAUUGUGCAAUUAGACACCAGAAAAUGUGUUGAUGGUUCAGUCCUCUAUGGGACUUUUCUGAAAACUUGAGAAAAGUCCAAUAGAGGACUGUGUGUAAUCUAGUGCCGUGAAAUAUAUGUAUAUAUAUAUAUAUAUAUCAUUGCCUAAUAGUUAAGAUUUCAUUCCAUGUAGUCUGAACACAGAAUUAUUAUUAUUAUUGGCAUUUAUAAAGCACCAACAUAUUCCAAAGCGCUGUACAAUUGGGAAAGACAGCGCAAUAAGAACAGACCGAUACAACAGGUAGAGGGCCCUGCACUUGAGCUUACAAUCUAAAGGUUAAACUUGGGAGAUGAGACAAGAGAUAGCAGAGGAAUUUGUUUGUUUUGGCAGAGAGAGAGUUAAUAUUAUAACUGCAGCAGCUGAUAGCAUGUGAAAGAAAUGAGGAGGUGAUUGGCUGUAGUUCCAAACAGCUGAUAGAGCAUCCUAUAUCGUUAGGAGGAACCGGGGAGGGUAGGUGGGUAGAGCAGAGUAAAAUUGAAAGGCCUUGUUGCAAGGAUGGAUGAAGAUUUGGGGCUGAGGAAGAGAGAUAAAACAGUUAAUUAAAAAGAAUGUUUGUAUUUAAUAUAUUUCUCUUGUUAAGUCCUUUUAAUAUUGCAUUUCAGUUUAUGCUUUGCACGCUAUUUUAAAAUACAAAGAUAUAUUCUUUGAAAACCCAAUCUUCAUUAUUCAUGGAGUGUCCUUUGCAAGUUAAAAUUAGGCUCCAUAAAUUAAAACAAAAUAAAUUUCACUCUACAGUGUUUCACCACUUGCCCUCUAGGUGGAACUUCAAUCGCUGUUUAGGAGAUUAACCCAAGCAGAUUUUUAGAGAUCCAUAAUCUCUUAUUUUAUAAAGAUAAUUGGGGUAGUACAUAAGGAAAUUUAGCAAUAUGUUCUAACAAUAUAGGGAUCGCAUUAUAAUAUUUGAAAUACUCUGGUCAUAAACUGAAUUAAGAAUGGCAAACCUUAGUGUUCAAUAGCCAAGCUAAGAAGGAGAAUUUUUACAAAUACAAUUUUUUAGUCUCAAUUUUGCAAUCUGGAUUUCAUCUAACUGGAUCUUUAGUUUAGAAUGUAGAGCUAAUCCUAUAAGAGCCCACUAUCCUCAAGUUAACAAACAAAGCAGAACUAACAGUUUAACUAAGAGAGACUUGACAAACAGCUUGCAACAUUUAAACCUUAACAGCCGGGUGGGAGAAUUUUUUUUUCUAUUGCAUAACUUGCUGGUUAACUUGAUUUGUAAAGACUCACUGUUUUGCUGAUAAAACUUUAUACAAGAAAUGACAAAAUAGUAAUGUGCAUAGCUCUAAAUUUGCCCAUUGAUUAUCUGAAAAUUAUAAAGUAGACCCGCCAACAUUAGAAUCAUAAUCAGCAUUAGAAUCCUCUUCCUCCAUAAUCCUUUCUCUGCAGCAAUAAUGUAUACACGGCAAAAUAGCUAUAUUUAUUUUAUAUGGGCUCCAGUUUAAAUGCUUAUAUGUGUGUGUGCGCCCAAGAUUUAAGAAUUAAUUCUCAUAAGAAUUAAAAAGGUUUCAUCGGUUUUCUUAAAGAGAGUGCAUCUAUGCUUAAUAAACUGUUCAAUGUACUGCUGAUGAGAAUAAAUUUGACUCGCUAACAUUUUUUUGUACUCCAGUGUAAAGUAGAAAUUAAUUUAAGAAAUGUGUAUUUUGUAGACACCAGCAAUCAUGGGUGACGGGGAGAUGGCCUGUUUCGGAGAGGCUGCCCAGUUUCUCCGUAAAUCUGAUAAAGAACGAUUGGAAGCCCAGAAUAGGCCAUUCGAUGCCAAGAACACCUGCUUCGUAGAUGACCAAAAAGAGCUGUACGUGAAAGGUCUAGUCACAGCUCGUGAAGAUGGCAAAAUCACAGUGAAAACUGAUGAUGGAAGGGUAAAUAUAAAAUUCUAUUACUUAUCAUACCAGCUAUUAAUUACUGUGAAUUGAGACCUUAACUGAGAUAUGCCUCUCUUUCUUCUAGACUGUAACUGUUAAAGACAGCCAAGUUUAUCCUCAAAAUCCCCCCAAGUAUGACAAAAUUGAAGAUAUGGCCAUGAUGACCCAUUUGAAUGAAGCCUCUGUGUUGUAUAACCUCAAAGAACGUUACGCAGCAUGGAUGAUCUACGUAAGUUGGGGCUCUUUCUCCACAGAACUACGAGAAAAACAGAUUACGUAGAUAGUGUGACCCCCCACUUAAACUAUUUAAGGGAAAUAAUGAAACAAGAAUGACAUAGAUAUAUCACAAUGAUACAACUUUACAUCAUUACCAUGAAACAUUUAAAUAAAAAAUGCUAAUGUAUAUGUCAUUUCUUCUGUAUAGUAUAAUCCAUGCCUGGAGUUCGAAAUGGGCCUCCUAGAUUUACUCAGUUCCCCUUACAAUAUAUUAAAAUAAAUUAUCAGCUUGACAGUAAAAUAUUUACGGAUGCUUUAUUGUGAAAAGGUGCUAAAAGUAGUCCUCUUAUAUAUAAAUUAAUGAUAUUUGUUUUGUUGGCCGUUUAGACCUACUCUGGCCUUUUCUGCGUCACUGUGAAUCCCUACAAGUGGCUCCCAGUGUACAACCCUGAGGUGGUUGCUGGCUACAGAGGGAAGAAACGUAUGGAAGCCCCACCACACAUCUUCUCCAUCUCUGAUAACGCUUAUCAGUCCAUGUUGACAGGUAUCUGACCUUUUCUUCAUGUUAACAGACUUAAUUUAUCAACACGUAAUACUAUGAAUGUUCUAUUAAUCCACAUCUCCUGUUUGCAGAUCGUGUCAAUCAGUCUGUCCUGAUCACGUAAGUAUUUAUUGUCAUUGUAUCUUUCAAGUUCUAGUCAUUUCUUCAGCUUUUCUAGACGUUCUAUAUUCUAAUCUUCUUUAUCCAUAGUGGAGAAUCUGGUGCCGGAAAGACUGUGAACACGAAACGUGUCAUCCAGUAUUUUGCAACAAUUGCGGCUAUUGGAGAGAAAGGCAAACAAAAGGAGCCAGCUAACAGCUUGAAGGUAAUACAGCUAUUGGGAUUAUUAAUACAUAGUUAAAGAACCAAAAGGCUCAAAGCAUAUCUAAUCUGCUAUACAUUACUCUCUGUCCACUGGUGUCAUGUUAUUGAGAAGUCACUUUCUUGUCAGACAUAUAUUCAUAUAUAAUUAGGUUAAAAACAAGUACAAAACCCUCUGUUAAUCUCCAUUAACAAAUAAUCCGCUGAUCCAGAACAAGAUGCAGAACAUUUUCACUGUAGAUUUAGUACAUCUAUGCAUAAUGCUAUGUUUCUAUCUACAUGUGUAGGAUAAGAUAUAAAUGUGCAAAUACAAAUUUCAUCAAAUUAACAAGUUUUACUCCUGUAUGACAGGGUACUCUGGAAGAUCAAAUCAUUGAGGCUAACCCUCUGCUGGAAGCUUUCGGUAAUGCCAAGACCGUGAGAAAUGACAACUCCUCUCGUUUUGUAAGUUUUUGUUGGGCAAUAGACAUUUUCAUGUUACCAUCUAUAUGUUUCCCCAUUUGUUAACCAAGCGUACUAAACUCUCACUGUGGUAUUUAGGGUAAAUUCAUCAGAAUUCACUUCGGCACCACCGGAAAACUGUCCUCAGCUGAUAUUGAAACAUGUAAGGAAUAUAUUGCAAAUUAAUUUAUCUUUAUUUAUAAAUGGGAUAUAUCAUAUUUCUUAUAUUGGCUUUUAUUUGAACAGAUCUGCUGGAGAAAUCCAGAGUUACCUUCCAGCUGUCUGCUGAAAGAAGCUACCAUAUCUUCUAUCAGAUCAUGACAAACAAGAAACCAGAACUUGUUGGUAAUUGAACAACAUUUUUUUAUUCUCCAAUGAACACAGAACCUGGUUCUGCUUUGGUUCCAUAAUUAUAGACAGACAGAAUAUAACUCAGACAGUUAAGACCUACUUACAAUGUUGUAGAGAUUGCAUGUGUAAUGUUUUAUUUUUACACAUGUGCAACACUUUUUUUCUUUAGAAACACUUCUGAUCACAACCAACCCAUACGACUUUCCUUCCAUCAGCCAGGGUGAGAUUGUUGUGAAGAGUAUUAAUGAUGAAGAUGAAUUGAUGGCUACUGAUGUAAGUUCUGAAGUUGUUAGAGCAACAACAUUGUAACUCUGUUCUGAAUGCCGGUUUUUAAUUUCAAACGUCCUUUCUCAUCCUACAGAGUGCCAUUGAUGUCCUGGGUUUCACCGCAGAAGAAAAGAUUGGUAUCUACAAACUUACAGGAGCUGUCAUGCACCAUGGCAACCUGAAGUUCAAGCAAAAGCAGAGAGAGGAGCAGGCUGAGCCCGACGGCACUGAAGGUUUGUCUUUAGUGUUCAAUGAAAAAAAUCUCAGUACAACUGCUACGGAUAUAAAUUAGAAACCUAAUCUCUACUUAACCUAGAUGAAACUGGUUUCCAAUAUAUGUAUACAAUUAUUUUAUUUUGAACUUGUAGUUGCUGAUAAAAUUGCAUAUUUGAUGGGUUUGAACUCUGCCGAUAUGCUGAAAGCUCUGUGCUACCCAAGAGUAAAGGUCGGCAAUGAAUAUGUCACCAAAGGACAGACUGUCGCACAGGUAAUUAUGUUUCCAGUGUUCAGUUGAUUAUUGUUCAGGUGUCUGCAGUUCAGUACAUAGGCUCACGCUAUGUCUGUUCCAUUCAGUGUAACAACGCAGUUGGUGCCCUGUGCAAGUCAGUGUAUGAAAAGCUGUUCUUGUGGAUGGUCAUACGUAUCAACCAACAGUUGGACACUAAGCAGCCAAGACAGUUCUUCAUUGGUGUGCUGGAUAUCGCUGGUUUUGAAAUCUUUGAUGUAAGUAAACAUUUAUUUAAAACUAUAUUUUUAUAACUUAAAACCAAGUACAUUUUAUUUAACCCCCUUCUAUCGUCUACAGUUCAACAGCUUGGAGCAGCUCUGCAUCAACUUCACCAAUGAGAAGCUGCAGCAGUUCUUCAACCACCACAUGUUCGUCCUGGAACAGGAAGAAUACAAGAAGGAAGGCAUUGAUUGGGAGUUCAUUGACUUUGGUAUGGAUCUGGCUGCCUGCAUUGAACUCAUUGAGAAGGUGGGUUCCAAAAAUGAAUCCAGGGAAGUUGUGCUGUGGAAACACAGGUUAACGAUGUAUGAAAUUCUCACUGAUAUGUACAUUUUCAGCCCAUGGGCAUCUUCUCAAUCCUUGAAGAGGAGUGCAUGUUCCCCAAAGCCACUGACACAUCCUUCAAGAACAAACUGUAUGAACAGCAUCUUGGCAAGUGCAAGAACUUUGAGAAGCCCAAGCCUGCCAAAGGAAAGGCUGAAGCUCACUUCUCUCUGGUCCACUAUGCUGGUACUGUGGACUACAAUAUCAGUGGCUGGCUGGACAAGAACAAGGAUCCACUGAACGAUUCUGUUGUUCAGCUUUACCAGAAGUCUUCAGUGAAACUGUUGUCCUUACUCUACUCCAGCUACUCAGCUACUGAUGGUGGGUAUUAAAAGAUGUGUCAUGCAAUAUUAGUGACUGCUUCCACAUUAUCGUUUAUUAGUUUAACACAUAACUCCCAUUACUCUUAAACAAUAGAUGCUGCAAAGAGUGCUGGAAAGAAGAAGAAGGGAGGCUCCUUCCAGACUGUGUCUGCUUUGUUCAGAGUAUGUACAUUUUAUAUCGUUUACUUUACACAAAUCUGGACAUUUAUCAGUAUUCUUUUUUUUAUAAGAAGUGUAGCUUUAUUUCUACCCCACUUUAAGCAUCAGACGUCACAUUGAAUUACAUAUUUUCCAUAUCUGUUUCAGGAAAAUUUGAACAAGCUGAUGAGCACCUUGAGAAGCACUCACCCUCACUUUGUGCGUUGUUUGAUUCCUAAUGAGUCCAAAACUCCAGGUAAAUUUCCAUUAUGAAUACACUUAUAUGAUAAGAGAACAGUGUAUUUCACUGUUGGGAUAUUGUCCACCUUAAACCAUGACCAAUUUUUAACUCAAUCAGGUAUCAUGGAAAACCAUCUGAUUAUCCACCAGUUGAGAUGUAACGGUGUGUUGGAGGGAAUCAGAAUUUGCAGGAAAGGAUUUCCCAGCAGAAUCAUCUAUGCUGACUUCAAACAACGGUAUAUUUUAUGUAUUACUUUAAAUAAAUUGAUAGAUUAAAUGAAUAAGUAUUUGUUUUACACGUAUGUGCAAAAAAACAAACAUUGUUUUUAUAAAAUGAUACAUUUGCCCUGAAUUUAAACCUAAAUUUGUUUUUUUAACUUUUAUGAAGUUACAAAGUGUUGAAUGCCAGCGUUAUUCCAGACGGGCAGUUUGUUGACAGCAAGAAGGCUUCUGAGAAACUUCUGGGCUCCAUUGAUGUUGAUCACACUCAGUACAAAUUUGGCCACACCAAGGUAUGAAGAGACUGAAACAUUUAAGACUAACAUAUACAGUUGCAAGAAAAAGUAUGUGAACCCUUUGGAAUGAUAUGGAUUUUGCACAAAUUGGUCAUAAAAUGUGAUCUGAUCAUCAUCUAAGUCACAUCAAUAGACAAUCACAGUCUGCUUAAACUAAUAACACACAAAGAAUGAAAUGUUGCCAUGUUUUUAUUGAACACACCAUGUAAACAUUCAAAGUGCAGGUGGAAAAAGUAUGUGAACCCUUGGAUUUAAUAACUAGUUGAACCUCCUUUGGCAGCAAUAACUUCAACCAAACGUUUCCUGUAGUUGCCAAACGUUUCCUGUAGACGGCCACUCCUAGGGAGAGUGCUGAACCUUCUCCAUUUAUAGACAAUUUGUCUUACCGUGGACUGAUGAACAGCAAGGCUUUUAGAGAUACUUUUAUAACCCUUUCCAGCUUUAUGCAAGUCAACAAUUCUUAAUUGUAGGUCUUCUGAGAGCUCUUUUGUGCGAGGCAUCAUUCACAUCAGGCAAUGCUUCUUGUGAAAAGCAAACCCAGAACUGGUGUGUGUUUUUUAUAGGGCAGGGCAGCUGUAGCCAACACCUCCAAUCUCAUCUCAUUGAUUGGACUCCAGUUGGCUGACAUCUCACUCCAAUUAGCUCUUGGAGAUGUCAUUAGUCUAGGGGUUCACAUACUUUUUCCACCUGCACUGUGAAUGUUUACAUGGUGUGUUCAAUAAAAACAUGGCAACAUUUCCUUCUUUGUGUGUUCUUAGUUUAAGCAGACUGUGAUUGUCUAUUGUUGUGACGUAGAUGAUGAUCCGAUCACAUUUUAUGACCAAUUUGUGCAGAAAUCCAUAUCAUUUCAAAGGGUUCACAUACUUUUUCUUGCAACUGUAUAUUGGUGUUUUAGAGAUUAUUAUAAUGGUUUUCUCUCCUUUGCAGGUGUUCUUCAAAGCUGGUCUUCUGGGUACCCUGGAAGAGAUGAGAGAUGAAAAGUUGGCACAACUUAUUACUCGCACUCAAGCUCUUUGCAGAGGUUUCUUGAUGAGAACAGAGUUCAAGAAGAUGAUUGAGAGAAGGUAACAUUUAUGUAAUAUUCUCAGAAAAAGUGUUAAUAAAGAACUUUGUGUUCGAAUAAAGACUUACCUUCUGUAAAUCUAUUACACAGGGAAGCAAUCUACAUCAUCCAGUACAAUGUCAGGUCAUUCAUGAAUGUCAAACACUGGCCUUGGAUGAAACUGUACUUCAAGAUCAAACCUCUCCUGCAGAGUGCUGAGACUGAGAAGGAGAUGGCAAACAUGAAGGAAGAGUUUGAGAAGACCAAGGAAGCUUUGGUAAAGUCAGAAGCCAAGAAGAAAGAACUGGAAGAGAAAAUGGUUUCCCUACUUCAGGAGAAGAAUGAUUUGCUUCUGCAAGUUCAGUCGGUAAGAAGAAACAAAUAUAAACAGAGUAUAUCUAAACAAUAAAGGCAAAUUCAAAUAUUUGAAAAAUGCAUUAUUUUUUUGAAUACAGGAAGGUGAGACUCUGGCCGAUGCAGAGGAAAGAUGUGAAAGCCUCAUCAAGAACAAAAUCCAACUGGAAUCUAAAAUCAAGGAGAUCACAGAGAGACUUGAAGAUGAAGAGGAAAGUAAUGCUGAACUUACUGCCAAGAAGAGGAAACUGGAGGAUGAAUGCUCUGAGCUGAAGAAAGAUAUUGAUGAUUUGGAGCUUACAUUGGCCAAAGUAGAAAAGGAAAAACAUGCUACAGAAAACAAGGUGCGAAGACUAAUGAGGAUAACCCUUUUGUUACUUAAUGCUUAAUAAGCUUGCAUUAUGUAUUUUGAAUCACAAUUUCUGAUUUACAAUUAGGUUAAAAACCUCACUGAGGAACUCGCAGUCCUUGAUGAGAAUGUGUCCAAAGUUAGCAAGGAGAAGAAAGCCCUUCAAGAGGCUCACCAACAAACACUUGAUGAUCUGCAAGCUGAAGAGGACAAAGUCAACAGUUUGACAAAAGCCAAGACUAAGCUAGAACAGCAAGUAGAUGAUGUACGUACAAGUGGAAAUGGAACAUUAUGUUCUAAAACAUUGUCUUUCUAUUGUCUUGUGACCAUUGUAAUAUAACAUGAUUUCUCUCUUCUUAUAGCUUGAAGGAUCUCUAGAACAAGAAAAGAAACUCCGUCUUGAUCUGGAGAGAGCCAAGAGGAAGCUUGAAGGUGACCUGAAGCUUUCCCAGGAAACAGUCAUGGAUCUUGAAAAUGACAAACAGCAAACCGAUGAAAAACUCAAGAAGUUCGUUUUUAUUGCUAAUGUUUGUGUUUCUUUGUUUUAAGAACUAUUUGUCUAGAGCUGUUUAAAAAAAAAAAUCAUUUUCUGUAAACACACAGGAAAGACUUUGAAAUUAGCCAGCUUCAAUCAAAGAUAGAAGAUGAGCAGUCCCUGGGAUCACAGUUGCAGAAGAAGAUCAAGGAACUUCAGGUAUGUUUGUGCAAGUCAGUUUCAUAAUGCAAUGAGCUACAUUGUAUUUUUCCUACAACAUUUACUUCUGGUGUUCUAGGCUCGUAUUGAAGAACUUGAGGAGGAAAUCGAAGCAGAACGUGCAGCUCGUGCCAAGGUUGAGAAACAGAGGGCUGAUCUCUCCAGAGAACUUGAAGAGAUCAGUGAGAGACUUGAAGAGGCCGGAGGUGCUACCUCUGCUCAAAUUGAGCUGAACAAAAAGCGUGAAGCUGAGUUCCAGAAACUGAGACGUGACUUGGAGGAAGCUACCCUUCAGAAUGAAGCUACUUCCUCUUCUCUGCGCAAGAAGCAUGCUGACAGUGUUGCUGAACUUGGGGAACAAAUUGAUAACCUACAACGUGUCAAGCAGAAGCUGGAGAAAGAGAAGAGUGAGCUGAAAAUGGAGAUUGAUGAUCUCGCCAGCAAUCUUGAAAAUGUCUCCAAAUCAAAGGUAAGUAAGUGGUUAGUUAGGAACACUUUUAUUUUUACUGAUCUAUAAUUGUGCCAGAUAUAAAAUGACUAAUUAUUCUUCUAGGCAAACCUUGAAAAAGUGAACCGUGUGCUUGAAGACCAACUAAGUGAAGUGAAGGCAAGGGAUGAUGAACAUCAACGUCUUCUCAAUGACCUAACUACCCAAAGGGCCCGCUUCCAAACUGAGAAUGGUAAGGAGAAUAAAAAAUGUAAGGAUAUUGAAAGAUUGUGAUUCAAACCAAACGAAACCCACAUGAGUUGAUUCAAGGGAAUUGCAAAUUAUAAACCAACAUAGCUUGCUUGGAAAAAAUCAUCAAUAUUCUGACAGCUUGGCUAUUUAACCACCUGUCCACAAUUCAGCUAUAGCUCUUUGCCUAGCCAGUGCAAUUUUAGCUGCAAAUGUAUUUUUGGCUUUUGUGAGUGGGUCCUGAGGUUUAGAGAAGAGUAAAGAAAAGAAAAGAAUUUAGACAGGACAUUAGAGAUAAGACAAGAUACAGCAGACCGGAAAGGCUGAAUGUAGGCGCCCCACUUGCCAGAAGCCUUUCCAACAUAGGUCAAUAGGUUUUCAAUGAAUUUUAAAGAGUCUGUGAAUGGUAAGGUACCCGCGUGGUAAAGUUCUAUAAGCCUGUUACUGGUAUGCCAUGCACAUAGUUAAGAAAGCAGUAUCUUCCAAAUAUCAAAACUUUUAAAACUUAAAAGAACUACGUUGCAAUUUCCCCAUGACAAAUAUGGGAUUUGAAGGUGAGAAGCUCAACCUAUUUCCAAGUAGGUAGCCAGGGCUCCCCAUUGUCAAGUCACAUUAAAUAGUAAUAUAGUUCAGAACAUUGCUACAUACAAUAUUGCUUAAUGAUGUUUGCAAAGCUUUGCAUUAAUUUUUGGUUCACUCUAGGUGAGCUCGCUCGCCAGCUUGAAGAGAGGGAAUCUCUGGUUUCACAGCUCUCAAGAGGAAAGCAAGGCUUCACACAACAAGUAGAGGAACUCAAGAGACAACUUGAGGAGGAAUCAAAGGUAAAACUAUUAGGACUUCUGAAUAUGAAUGUAUUACAAAUUCUUGAUUAUUUCUGGAGGAUAUCAGAUCAACAGUCUAUAUCACCUGCUAUGUAACAUUAAUUUUCAAACCUUCCCUUCUGUCAUUUCAUUGAAUACAUAUUUUUUCAGGCUAAGAAUGCCCUGGCUCACGCACUCCAAUCAUCCCGUCAUGACAACGACUUGCUCCGUGAGCAAUAUGAGGAGGAACAAGAGGCCAAGGCUGAACUUCAGCGCUCUUUGUCCAAAUCAAAUGGUGAAGUUGCUCAAUGGAGGACAAAAUAUGAAACUGAUGCCAUUCAGCGCACAGAGGAACUGGAAGAGGCCAAGUAUGAUCCCACUAAAUAAACCCAAUAUAAACAAUGUUAUCACGUUUUGAAUAAUGUCCUUACAUUCUACCAUCAAUGUCCUUACAGGAAGAAGCUUGCCCAGCGCUUGCAAGAUGCUGAGGAACAGGUAGAGGCUGUGAACUCUAAAUGUGCCUCCCUGGAAAAGACCAAGCAGAGACUACAGUCUGAGGUGGAAGACCUGAUGGUGGAUGUUGAGAGAGCCAACAGUGCAGCAGCUGCUCUAGACAAGAAGCAGAGGAACUUCGACAAGGUAGAUAUUGAAAACAAAUUCCUAAUUUUAAUAACAAAAAAAAUAAUCUACAAUAUCAGCAAAUAAUAAUUCUGUACUAAUUUAAUAGGUCCUGGUAGAAUGGAAGCAGAAAUACGAAGAGGGUCAGGCUGAGCUGGAGGCUGCUCAGAAAGAAUCCCGUGGCCUGAGCACCGAUAUCUUCAAGCUGAAGAAUGCUUAUGAAGAGGCCUUGGAACAAGUUGAGACCUUGAAACGUGAAAACAAGAACUUGCAACGUAGGUUUAUCUAUAUUACAUUGGUUGCAGGAUACAUUGCUAACUUUUUAAUAAUUCUUCAACUUAAUUUAAGCAUAUUUUCAAGUAUUAGCAUUAGUAUAACUAUACAGAUGGCAACUAAAAACACAUACACAAGAAGUGGAACUAUGGUAGGGAUAAUUUCUGCAAAUGACUGAACUAUGUUGAGAUUAUAUCAGACCUUUAUGUCUCCUAAAUCUCUUUCUAUUGUAACUCUCCUGCAACUGUAGUAUUUGUUUUACAACAAAUCCCAACCUCACAUAUAUUAAUGCUGCUGAAUUUCUGCUGAACUUACAAUAAACUUAAAUACCAGUCACUGGCAAAGUCUAAAUACAUAUUUACUUUUGUAGAGGAGAUCUCAGAUCUCACUGAACAAAUCGGUGAAACUGGUAAAUCCAUUAAUGAACUGGAGAAGGCUAAGAAGCAAGUUGAGCAGGAAAAGAGCGACCUACAGGCUGCCCUGGAGGAAGCAGAGGUAUGUGCCUGAAAUAAAUUAAUAAAAUAUCUGCAACCAAUAUCGCCGUGUAAAGGGAUACUUUUAAACAACCAAUGAUACAUAUAUAUUUCUAAUAGGGAUCUUUGGAACAUGAAGAAGCCAAGAUCCUACGUGUUCAGCUGGAACUGAACCAGAUAAAAUCUGAGGUGGACAGGAAAAUUUCAGAGAAGGAUGAAGAGAUUGAACAGCUAAAGAGGAACUCCCAGAGAGCUGUUGAUACCCUGCAGAGCACACUGGACUCUGAAAUCAGAAGCAGGAAUGAUGCUCUGAGACUGAAGAAGAAGAUGGAAGGAGACUUGAAUGAACUUGAAAUCCAGCUCAGCCAUGCCAACCGCCAGGCUGCAGAGGCACAGAAGCAGCUCCGCAAUGUGCAGGCCCAAUUUAAGGUAUUUCAGGAGUACCACACACAUUAAUAUUAAGAAUUUAUUAUUUUUACUCUAAUGUUAGAGCAGUUGAUUCUGAAAAUGUGGUAUCUAGCAUAUUGUCCAUAAUAGGUAACAGCUUGAACAUAUAUUUUGAUAUUUCUUUAACAGGAUACCCAGCUUCAUCUGGAUGAUGCAGUAAGAGGACAGGAAGAUCUGAAGGAACAGGUGGCCGUGAUUGAACGUAGAACCAACCUGCUGCAGGCUGAACUUGAAGAGAACAGAUCUGCUCUGGAACAGACAGAGAGAUCUCGUAAGGCUGCAGAACAAGAGCUCCUGGAUGCAAGUGAACGCGUCCAGCUUCUGCACUCACAGGUAAAAUAAAUACAAUGGAAACAAAUGAAAUGAGCAUUGACAGAAUGUGCAUAAUUAGAUGAAAUAUUAAAUACACUAUAAUCUUCUCCACUUCAGAACACCAGCCUCAUCGGCACCAAGAAGAAGCUUGAGUCUGACAUUGCUCAACUCCAGAGCGAAGCUGAGGAAGCUGUCCAAGAAUCAAGAAAUGCUGAGGAGAAAGCCAAAAAGGCCAUCACCGAUGUAUGUUUGUCCCGAAUUUUCAUGUUAUAAGCAGAUUGGUUUUUUUUAGUUAAUUUUUUUUUGGGGGGGGGAGGUGGGGGUUUGCUGUUAUUCACUGUCUUCUUGAUUUUCUUCCAAAGGCUGCUCUUAUGGCAGAGGAACUGAAGAAGGAGCAGGACACCAGCUCUCACUUGGAGAGAAUGAAGAAGAACCUUGAGCAAUCCGUGAAGGAUCUGCAGCAUCGUCUGGAUGAAGCUGAGCAGCUAGCACUGAAGGGUGGCAAGAAGCAACUUCAGAAGCUUGAGUCCAGAGUACGUAGAAAUCACUGGGUUGUGGUGAAUGAGGUUGCAUUUAGAAAUUGCAAAAUAAUAAUCUGUACUCUGCUGAUGUGAUCUCCAGGUUCGAGAACUAGAGAACGAACUGGAUAAUGAACAGAAGCGUGGAGUUGAGGCAAUUAAAGGUGUGCGCAAAUACGAGAGGAGAGUGAAGGAGCUAUCUUACCAGGUAAAGAAUUAUUCUUCUGUGUAUUAAAAUGACACAGGUCAUAAAGAAGAAAUACAUAAGUGUAGAUUAUAUAUAUUACUUUAAAAAAAAAAAUAAUUACAAAAAAUAAUGCCAUGAUCUCUAGUAGACUCCGUAAAACAGUUUUUCUUCUUUUAGACUGAAGAAGACAGGAAAAAUGUCCUGAGAUUGCAGGAUCUUGUGGACAAACUACAGCUGAAAGUAAAGGCCUACAAGAGACAAGCUGAGGAAUCUGUAAGUACAAACCCAAUGAGGUCUUGUUUGUAGCCAGCCAAAGUCCAGUUAGAAUACCCUGUUUUUUUGUUUUUAAAUACUUUGUUAAUUUUCCCUCAUCCAUUCCCAUGUCUCAGGAGGAACAAGCCAACGCUCACUUGGGUCGGUUCAGGAAGGUCCAGCAUGAGCUGGAGGAAGCCGAGGAGAGAGCAGACAUUGCUGAGUCUCAAGUGAACAAGCUCAGAGCUAAGAGCCGUGAUGUUGGCAAGGUAUAACAAAAUUCUAAAAUUUUUCUAUCAUGUUCAGUCUACGUUUAGUUAUUGUUUUUCACUUUAAAUGCCCUUUAUGGAUGAAAUAGUAUUCUCUAGCAAGCUUUUUAAUGAAGGGGGACACAGUGGACACAUUAAAAUCUGUGUAAAGAGCUUGAAUUAUAGCUGCAGAUUAUUUCAUUUAAUGUAUAUAUCUCAUUCGUCUUACAGAAAGAAGGGCAGGAGUGA